AUGUGGAGUCAGAAAGGCAACUGUGAGGUGUGUGUUUCUUUCUGUGUACCACAGUGUCAUAGCAACUGAUGUCAAGCAAGGCAGAGAGCUAGAUAAAGCUGGCGAAUAAAGCAGACUAGAAAUUAAUAUCUGGCGGCAUACAUAGAGCUUGCAGAUACCUAUUUCCGGUGCUCCUGAUGAAAGAUUAAGGAACCACAGGUGAGUGGAGCAUGGGGAGAAGAAAGGAAGUCAGUUCUUAUUCAUGCUUUGUAAUGACUUGAACUUUUUUCCCCCCCUCCCAAGCAACAGCCAAUUAGCAGAACUAUUAGGCUCUUUACAGAUUGAAAUCCAGAGGGACUUCUGCAAAUGCAACUGAGUGUUACCCAGAUUCCCUUUCUUAUUGCAGCCGUUUGCUUUCUCUAAAAGCUUCUCCAUGCAACCUGUGUAUUCAUCCUGAUCUGCUUGCACAAAGCCUCCCUUCCCAGCUGUGGGAUCCCCGCCCCCUCCUGCUUGCACACAAGUAGGGAUGGGAUUGGGGCUGCUCCGAUGGGAAGGGAGGCAUCGCGCUGCCCGAGCCUCGCUGCCGCUCUUGGCCCUCCUUCUCCGCCUUCCAUGCCUGAUACACCACACACCGCUCCCCCCCCACGAAGAACCAACAACUCAGGGGCUGCCCAGGCUCAUGGAGAAAGGAGAUAGAAGCCUAGGUAAGAAGCUGCAGCAUCAGCGUCCCGAACAUGUAGUAUGUAAUUAAUUAAUUAAUUAAUUAAUUAAUUAAGUGUCCCCGGAUUCAUUGAAAAAAAAAUCUGGUAACCUUAGUUUAAACUCUUCCUGUUAGUCAUUUGUCCAUCCCACUGCUUUCAAUGCAUUUCCCAGUCACUUUCCAAACUACAGUAAAUCUGAUUGUGUGUGUGUUUUUAAGUGGAUUUGUUAUGCUAGAUUGACAGAGUUCUUUAAUCCACUUUAAGUACGUAAACUUAAAAUUCCCGUUUGCACAUGAAUCCCGCAAAAUAGUGGCAGGCUGGAAGCACCCCUAAAAAUUGGGGUGGAGGGACAGCUCUGGAGUAGAUUUACACUUGUACUGUUGGAUCCCAUAAUAAAUAUCUACCUGUAAACUUUUUUUUUUUAACCUACUAUACUCUCAAGUCAAUUCAUACCUCUUUUUUCUGAAUACAUGUUUUUUCAGUAGUUCCAAGAUGGCAUUAGCAAGUGGACACUGGAUUACAAAAGAAGUGAUUGGGGACGCUCCAAGUCCUAGGUAUGGGAUAAUGGUAAAACUGGUAUCAUAAUGAAACAUAAUUGUUGCAGAUUGUUGCAUAUUUUUUUUGUCUAAAGAACAUCAGUUAUUAUUUACAUUUAUUGUGUUGAAUUGGCUUGUGAUACCACUUAACAUUAAAUAGUAACAGGAUAAGUUCCAGAUGAGAUAUAUACUGAUGUUCUGAGUAUAUAUUAUGAAUAUGUGCAUAGUUAAACCAAGGGGGCUAUUAAUGAUCCAUAGCAAAACUUUUGAGAUACUAAACAGUGAUGUCUAGAUUUUCUCGGUCAGUUUUACCAUUUUCUUCCUUUGUUUUUUAUCACAUCACAUAUUUGCCAAACAUUGUUUUAAAAAGCACACCAUGAAAGGCAGCAGCUGUCAUGCAUAAUAUGACCUGAAGAAUCAGAAACCAGGAAGACCAAACUUUGAAUAAGGAAUGGGGGAAAUAUAUAAUUUACCUUAAAAAUCACUGUAAACAAUUAAAAUUAUUAGUAGGGUUGGAAUGAUACUUGCAGCAUAACGUAGAACUAUGGUUGUAAUGGAGACUUAAUAGAUUUGGAUUAAUAGAGAAGUUGCAGGAGGAAUCCACAAAGGGGUGGCGGGAAGUCCAGGGGAAUCUACAGAAUUCUGUUUUUAUUUUGCUUGUUUGACAAUUGUUCGUAAAUUUCAAAAUUUGAAAAACUAAAUGUGUGUGUGUGUGUAGGGAUUGCAUCACAGAAGCAGUCAUCAUCCCUGUUCCAAUAAUGACAUCAAAGUGGAAAACUACAGAUAAUCCCUCUACAUAUUUCACAGAACUGGUUUCUUUUUCUUUUUGCACCCUUUUCUUUUUUAAGUGAAGGGGUUGUUCUCUGACAGAUUUUGUGGAUAAGCUUCGUUUGUCCCAGGCUGCGUCGGCUUCAGGUCAUGAGAAACUGCUAGCUUGCUCUCUCAUAUUAAUACCCAUAUUAUACUCUGAGUAAGGAGCUGUAUAAAUAGGCUCUCACAGUAAGGCUGGCCUCUCCUCUGAGCAAGGGGGGAAAGAUUCACUGUUAUUGCUGCAUCCAAAUUCAUUUACCAUUAUUUCAUGUUGCUCUGUAGACACGGACAUGCAUUGGCAAUCGCAGGAAAUAUAGCAUUUAUAUUUGGAGGCUGUUCCUUUAAUGAUACGUCUGUAAGUACCACAAGUUGAUGUUUGCUGUCCUUUGUUAAUUUCAUUACCGUUUGACAUUUUGCUGUUGUUGGGAGUAUAAUAAAUGGCAUGCCUCUUGUACUCUUGCUGUUUGCUUUAAAUCUUCGCAAUUUCCCACUGUACACAAGUACUUACUGAAGAAUCACUGCAUUCCAGUCAUUGUCUACUAAUGUGCAUUGUGGAGACAUGCCUGCAGAUUCUCUCCGGGUAACUGUUUAGCUAUUAUUUCUACUGGUAGUCACUUGAGAUAGCUUAAACCUGAAUGUAAUUUUAAAAGCGUUCCUUAUCUAGAUGACAAUAUUGAUGCCCUGUAAAUAAAGAUAUCAGCUUCAAUCUCUCUUUCUCUUUCUCUCCUAGGAUGAUCAGCCAACAUAUUUCAAUGACUUCUACAUGUUGACAAGUGAGAUACUAUUAAUCUUUUCUAGCAGGCAGCUUUUUCCGUGGGUUUAUUCCUCCCUUUGGAGUGGCACAUAUUUCACUAUAAUAGACCAGUCAUUUGUAAUGCAAAAAAAGGCUUAUCACUAUAAAAUUGUGGAAGUGUAUUGCAAACAAUGAGACUAGAAUGGAUUAAGGUUAGAGGGUUUUUUCCUCUCUUCCCAGGCUAGUUUGAACAGCUGUACAACAACAAAGUUAUCUUUUCCCCUGUGGUCCAGUUUUUUGGUCAAUAAGGCAUAGGCAGAACUGUUAGGUGCAAAUGUGAUCACUCACUCGCAGGUUUUGUGAUUUUCAUAAACAUACCUUUUUAUUUUUUGAGCCACACACAUAUGUACUCUGCAUAUUCACAGUAUUUCCUAUAGAAAUAGUCAUUCCGCUGGCCUUACAUCUCAUCUCCAAGUUUAGCUUUAAGCAAUUCAGUGUGGGUUUUUGCUUAAAAGACAGUUAAGAGACAAUGUAAGAAAUGCAUUAGACCAGGCAUAGGCAAACUCUGGCCCUCCAGAUGUUUGGGGACUACAACUCCCAUCAUCCCUGACCACUGGUCCUGUUAGCUAGUAAUGAUGGGAAUUGUAGUUCCAAAACAUCUGGAGGGUCGGAGUUUGCCUAUGCCUGCAUUAGACAGCUUGAAUAUUUGAAUCAUAAUGAAAAAGCAAGCUGCUAUAAUAUUUUUUUGAUGCAGAAAAGGCCUUGGACAACCUGAACUGGGAUUUUUUUUAAAAAAAGUUUUGCAAGAAAUGAACUUUGGAAAUAAUGUUAUUAAAUGGGUGAAAUCAAUUUAUACAUCACAGACAGUACAGAUAGUGGUUAGUGGAGAUUUGACUUGAUGCUGUGAUAUACAGAAGAGGACAUAGCAAGGAUGCCCAUUUUCCUGUUAAUUUUCAUCCUAGUCUUAGAAGUCUUGCUUAGAGGUAUUAGACAAUAUGAUAGAAUUAUGGGAAUAAAGAUUUUAAAAGAGACGUAUAAACUUGAGAGCAAUUGCUGACGUUUUGAUGUUAACUUUAGAAAACUUGCUGCAGGGAGUAGUUCUAAUGGAUAAGAUCCACGAAGUGGGGUAGCGUGGGGGGUGCAGGGGGGGCCGGCCACACCGGGCGCAACAUCUGGGGGUUAGGGUUAGGGGGCGCAAAUCCACAGGUUAUGGGGCGCAAAUCCACGGGUUAGGGGGCGCAAAUUACUUGCCUUGCCCCGGGUGCUGACAACCCACGCUACGCCACUGGAUCCACGUUUAGCUUUAAGCAAUUCAAAGCACUGCCAUCAGAUGCAGUGCUGCUAUCUGGGGUAAAGGUAAAGGGACCCCUGAGCAUUAGGUCCGGUCGUGGCCGACUCUGGGGUUGCGGCGCUCAUCUCGCUUUAUUGGCCGAAGGAGCCAGCGUACAGCUUCUGGGUCAUGAGGCCAGCAUGACUAAGCCGCUUCUGGCAAACCAGAGCAGCGCACGGAGAUGCCAUUUACCUUCCCACCGGAGCGGUACCUAUUUAUCUACUUGCACUUUGACGUGCUUUCAAACUGCUAGGUUGGCAGAAGCAGGGACCGAGCAAUGGGAGCUCACUCCGUCGCGGGGAUUCGAACCACCGACCUUCUGAUUGGCAAGUCCUAGGCUCUGUGGUUUAACACACAGCGCCACCCGUGUCCCGCUACCUGGGGUAACCUGUCCCAUUUCACCACCUGAGGCAAAAUGGGAAUGGUCUCAUCUUGUCAUCUCUGCCACCGCCACCGCAAUACCCCCGAAAUAAUGGCAGAAAUAACUAAAAUUGCCUGCACAUUAAAAUAGAUGCUUGUAGAAUCAGAGAAUUGUAGAGGUUGGAUUCGGAAUCCUGCCCACAGCCAUCCCUGGGCGAACUCGAACCACCAACCUUCUGGUUAACAUUUGUAUCUUUAACCAGUAUGUUCUGAAACCGAAACGCUGUAUGGAUGUAUAGAUAUAUAUUUGUGUAUGUGUGUAAAUGUACCGAUCAUCUCAAGUUCAUUCAUUUUUAGUUACUUCCACUGAUUUGACAUGGGAAAGGAUACCACAGGAUGGCCACAUUCCUUGUGCAAGAGAAGGUCAUUCACUUUGGUAAGCAAACAAUUCAGCAAAAUAAACACUGGUUAUUUCUAGUACUUUUAUGUCGAUCGCUGAAAUGACAAGAAGGUGGGCCUAUUCUCUGACCUAAGCGAGCGUAUGUGGAAGGAAAUAUAUUGGAAUUAAGAGCCUGCCGCCCAUGUAAAUGUGCAUCUGAUUGAGACGCAAAUACUUACAGUGAUUAAUCACUCUGCACAGCCAUAAGAAAACCCAACUACCACCAAGCAUAUAUUAUUAUUAAUUUGUGGGCAUCUGAGAAUUGACAAAUCUGAGAGAAAACCGAUGACCAAAAUCCAGAGCUUUGUGUUUAGCAGUUAUGAAGAUGAAAAUGCUCAAUUAGUGUUAGCCGUGCACUUCACGUAACAGACAAAGCUGUCAUAUCCAGCUUGCACACAGAGUCAAGCAGUACAAUAAAUUCAGUAACAUAAACAUGGUGCUCAUGUUUUUGUUUUAACUUUAUAACAAAAGAAAGCCUAUAGCUACGUUUUUGGUAGUGAGAGAUGUAUUUAGAGAGCACAUUUACAGGCGUGAUGCUCGUCUUCUCUGGUCGGAUUUUUGCUGUUUAUUCCUCACUUGGUUUCCUGAUUUCCAUUUUCUAGUAGCCCUAGAGGUGCUGUUUCUUUCACCUGUAUCCUGUUUCAGAUAAGCUUGGCAGUGAUUGCUUUAAUCCUCUCAGUCCCUUUGCUGUGCUCCCUUAGUGGAUGCCUUUGGGGUAUUAUUAAAUGCACUCCAGCUAUGUCUUCACUGUGGCAUUAAUACAGAUGUGGCUCGCUGUUUCCAUGUUUGUGUUUGUGCUCUCACACAAGCAGUUUCAAUGCCAGUGCCUCCAGAAACUAUGCAGAUGUUUUCCAUCCACUGGUGGGCAGUGCUUGGUGGAAUGUACCGUAUUUUUCGCUCUAUAACACGCACCCAACCAUAACACGCACAUAGUUUUUAGAGGAGGAAAACAAGACAAAAAUAUUCUAAACGAAACAGUGGAUGUAUGAUUUUUGUGGUUCAUGCUGUGGCCACAGGCAUGUGAUCUGACGGUGAGUUUGAGGUAGCCCAAUGCAAAAAUCCUGAGAAUCCAUGUGGAUCCAUGCUUUGUAACCACGUUUUUGCACCACUGCAGUCCCAGGCAACAGUGGGUGCGUGAUUUUUUUGGUGCAAGCUGUAGCCAUGGACAUGCUGUGUGAUCUGAUGGUGAAUUUGGGGUGACCCAGUGCAAAAAUCCUGAGGAUCCAUGUGGAUCCGUGCUUUGUAACCACGUUUUAAGUGGGGAGGAAUGGAAAAGCACUCAAGGGACAAGGAACACGCGUGGGGUGGGUGGAGAAGGAUGCUGUUAAUAAUGCAGAAGAGGGGUAUAAGAGGAGAAGCAAGCAGGCUCUGCUUCUCUCCCUCCUCCCCGGCUCGCUGAAAAACUUUGCUGCUAUUUAGCCAGCUGAGUGGGGAGGAGAGAGGGAUAGAGAGCCUGCUUGCUUUAAAGGAGCCAACCGGACAGGAGCCGCUUACACUCGUGUAAGCGGCUCCUCUCCUCUCCCGCUUUGCUCCUUUAAAGCAAGCAGGCUCUCUGUCCCUCUCUCCUCCCCACUCAGCGGCUCUUCUCCCGCUUUGCUGUUUCAAAGCGAGCCACGGAGGAGGGAAGGAAGGGGAACCAUGGAUCCUCUGCUCACGACUGCAGCAGAUCCCCCCCGCCAUCCGUAGGCAUUCGCUCCAUAACACGCACAGACAUUUCCCCUUACUUUCUAGGAGGAAAAAAGUGAGUGUUAUGGUACAAAAAAUACGGUAUUCACAUGGUUUAUUGUUUGCUGCUCUCCUCAGUUAGUACCUUCCUUGGGGUCUGGAAGCCUGAAACGCCUCGAGGGCAUUUGCAGGUAUUUGUUUGCCUGUGCCUGCCUGCCUUUUUUUUAUUUUAUUGCAACACCGGCAAACUUAUCCCAAAGCAAAUUUUCAUAAAUGCCUUUUUAAAAAAACUCCUGAGUCAUCGUUCUCUGAUUUGGACAAAAUUGCAGGUUAAGAAAAUAAAAAGGUGUGUUGAAGGCUGUGUUGCACCCCGUCACAGCAAGGAUUGCAGAGGCCCAGAUAAACCACACCGUAGGAAGAUGGGGACAAAUUUCAUGUUGGUUAAUACUGCUAUUAGGUAUUUCCAUUCCAGACAAUCAAAGGCUUUGAGGAUGUCCAGGGACAUGAUCGUCAGUGAGAGUUUGGUUGUUUUGCUGUGUUCAAUCAGAUCCAGCAGUUUCCUAAUGGAGUCUGUUAUGUUGCGACCAGGGACAGAGCCCUCAAGGUGUUUCAGGCUUACAGAACUCAUGGAAGGUAUGAAAAGUCGGGCCACCCUGCUCUAGCCAUUCCCUUCUCUGUGGUCUUCCACUCUAGGAAUCAUCUUCAACGCUUUAACCCUUCCCCUUGCAUUAAAGCAUUGCUUUAAUUUGUUUUCCUCCUACUCAAACUCUCCCAAACAAAUGAGUGGGCAGCCUCAACCACAAACAUGAUUGUAACGAGGGAGGAUGUGAUAGCCAUGAAAAUGGUCCCCCCAAAUUUCAGUCUGGAAAAAGGGGGAAUCCUUGCCUUGGCCCUUUGUCUUCCAGAGGUCAAGAAGCAGAGCUGCUAUUCUGUUUGCAGUUUGAAGAGCAAUUGUUUGAUGUUGCUAAAUCACUCACAUCUGAAAGCACCUUAUUUUCCAUUAAAAUGGACAACAGGCCUAGUAAGCAAGAAUAAGAUCAGGCUGCAUGUCUUUGCAUUCACUAUUAGCCCAGGGAAGUAAAACAAAGCUGAGCAAUCUCCCAAACCCAGAAGAAGGGGCUCAGGAGCUAUUUGAAGCAGCUAAUAUCUGCUCAUUGAGCUCCCCUUACAUUUAACUGUUCCCAUAUGUUAAUCAUUUGGAUUCUCUGCAUGGUUUUUUUAAAAAAAACUUUGCCUCUGAUUUAUGCUGUUUCUUUUGCUGCCUUUUGCACAGGCAUGGCCCAUAUGGAAACCAUAUUGCCUGUAACAGGUUUCAAAAUGCUGGAGGAAAGUUGGGGGAGGAAAGUUUAAGAGAAGAACUACAUGGGUUUCAGUAGUGAACAUUGUAGCACCUCAGUUCUGGAGCUUGGUCCAUUUGAGAGUGGGGGGAAAUGUCACCCGUGCAGCUCAGUUUUGCUACUUUUAGGACCCAGGACAGUGGCAGUGGCCAAGCAAUGUCCCAGCACUAGGGCAAGGAUCUUGUGAUAGGAAUUUUGAGGUCUUAGAUAUAUGUUAAACGUUCGUAAGUGUACCAACCAAGCACGUACAUAGAUCAGUACAGGAAGACCAACCUGAAACCAUUUUGAUUCCCAAACUGAGCAAAUGUUUUCUCUGCAAGGUCAAAGGAAAAUGGAAAUGCCUCCCCAUUGCCUUUUCCUUCACAAAUCCUAUCUUAAGGGCACAUUUAAGAUAUGAACAGGGUGUGAGCUGUGACCUGGCUCUGGAACUACAUUCAUACCUCGGGUUGAAUGCGCUUCGGGUUGAGCGCGUUCGAGUUGCGCUCCGUGGCAACCUGUAAGUAACGGAGUGCGUUGCUUCCGGGUUUCACCGCCUGCGCAUGCGAAGACGCUCAAAAUGAUGUCACACGCAUGCGCAGAAGCAGCAAAAAGCGACGCGUGCGUGCGCAGACAUGCCGUCGCUAGUUAUGUUUGCUUCUAGAUGCGAACGGGGCUCCAGAACGGAUCCCGUUCAUAUCUAGACGUACCACUGUAAGUAUUUAAGUGACCGUUAAACAGGUAACCUGGCAGACAGGAGGUAAACAAACCACUCAGAUUUCUGCUUUAGACCGCCUUUUCUGUGAUGUAUCUGGGGGGGGUAGUCUUAGGUUACACCCCUUCUGUGAUGUAUGUAUGAUGUAUGGAGGGGUGGUAUUGAGCUCCAGGGCAGGGAAUUUAAAAUGUCUAUAUAAGGCCUUGCGCGCCAUUGUUCUGGGUUCCUCCUCCCUCCUGCAUGUGGUGAGCGAGGACCCUGUUGCAACAGUUAAUAAAGAUCAGGCUUACUAGCUGCUCUGCUUCUCAAUAUUCUCUGGUUGGCCUCUGUUAUUUUCUCCUACCAAUAAGGAACCUCUGUAGGACUCUAUAUGGGCUCUUGGAUACCCCAUAAGGGGAAAGGGCAGAUUUUCGUUUACAACAAUCUCAAUGUCAGACAAUGUCAGGCAAAAGAUUCCUGCAUUGCAGGGGGUUGGCCUAAAUGACCUUUGUGGUCCCUUCCAACUCUACAAUUCUAUGACUUCCUCUCAUGAGAGGCAACUACUCCACCAUCUGAAUCGGAGUCCUCCUAAAGCCAACGCUGGGACAACUUUCUCUAAAUAACAAUGAAACUUUUUUUCCUCCCUCAGAUGUCUACUACGGAUAGAUGCCAACACAAUUUAUAUUUUUAAAAAGUCUUUUAUAGGGGGGCGGGUGGCCUGGAAAACAUUUCACCAGUGCUUUUUUCUGGGGGUACACGGGGUAUGCAUACCCCUAAACAUUUUGUGAAUCUAAGUUUGGCCUCAUUGAGGGGCAGUCUUCCAAUACGAAUAGGAAAAUGAGAGUACCCCUAAAUAUUUUUUUAGAAGGGAAAAAACCACUGCAUUUCACUUUUGGAAUAGCGUGCAAUUAUUUUCCCUUGAUUUUUUUAAAGCUUCUCUUUUGAAGUUUUUUUUUUGUAAAAAAUGUUCACAAAUAAAAUGCAUAUCUCUGCCAACCUGAGCAUGACACUAGCAAAAAUGUGCAAAAGGUCUACAAACACUUGUGAGCCAACAUCUGUCAAAGCUACUUGGGGCAUUUCACACCUUCUCCCCCCACAAAUAUGUCAGCUAGCUUGAAAAAACAGUGGAUUUUUCUUUAAAGAAAUGUCUGGAUUUGUAUUUCUAACCAGAUAGUUUAUUUGAAUAUAUAUAUCACUAUGUCCAAUAUGCACAAAAGGGCUUAGAGGGAGCUCCUUUUGGAUCACACAUCUGCGUGUGUGUUUAUGAGUGUGUGUGAGAGUUUUGUAAGUGUGUGUUUUGCUUGUUUACAAAGCUAUUGUACUACCAACUUUACUGUACGCUUGUGAAACAUGGACCACUUAUAAACACCAUCUCCAACUCCUCGAAAGAUUCCAUCAAUGGUGUCUCCGAAAAAAUUUACAUUUCACUUGGGAAGACAGGUGAACUAAUGUCAGUGUGCUGGAAGAAGUAAAGAUCACCAGUGUCGAAGCAAGGAUUCUUCAACAUCAACUUCGUUCAAAUGGUCAUGUUGGGAUGCCUGAUUAUCAUCUUCCAAAGCAGCUACUCUAUUCCCAACUUAAGAAUGGUAAGCGUAAUACCAGUCGACAACAAAAGAGUUUUAAAGACGCUCUCAAGGUAAACGUAAAAAAAAGUAAUAUAAGCACUGGCAACUGGGAAUCACUGGCCUGCAACACUCCAAUUGGAUAAUAGCCUGUACCAAAGACAUCAUGGACUUUGAAGAAGCAAAAACUCAGGACAAAAGGGAGAAACGUGCUAAGAGAAAAGCACAUUUGGCAAAUCCUCACCGUGAUCAACUCCCACCCGGAAACCUAUGUCCCCACUAUGGAAGGACGUGUGGAUCCAGAAUUGGCUUCCACAGUCACUUGCAGACUCACUGUUAAGACCAUUUUCAUGGAAGACAAUCUUACUCGGCUAUGACUGAUCGCCAAAGAAGAAGCAUGUAUGUGUGCCUUGCCCUGCCUGCUUUGGGCUUUGUGUCUAUGCGCCUCUGGCAUGGACCCUUGACAACAUUCCCUUGAGAAAAUCCCCAAAUGGUUUUGUGCAGCGCCACACUGUUUAAUGUGCAAUUGAAAUUCUUUCCCUAUCCCACUGUAAUAAAUGAAUCCUCUUCUAUUUCAACCUAAAUUCUCGCGGGUGUGAGUUCUUGGUCUCUGAAUUGUUUAGGUGAAUUCUCUGAACGGUACAUGACCUACCGACCCCCCAAAAGCUUAUUCUACCUCACAAGCAUGUUUAAGGGUCUUAGAGACACGUGGAACCACCAAUACUUUUUUCCUCAUCCAGGUUAGUAUUCACAGAGCAUGCCAGUUUGUCCACCAGCAGCCCAGCCACUUCAUUAGUUGAGUAGUGCUAUAUUCUGCCACUUACAUCUUUCCUCGCUGGAAUUGCUCACCUUUUGGUUUCCUUUAACUGUUUUCCACAGAGCAAUCUGUUUACGAAUGUAUACACUGAGUCAGCCCAUUGCCAAAAGUGAAAUAAGGAGUUGUACAGCUACAGGUUAUGAGCCGGUCAAAAGUAAAAUCUGCCCAGAAUGUAGAUUAUAGAUACAACUGUACUGCCAUAGGAUAAAAGAGCUUCGUAACGUCCACUGUGACCAUAAGUGUAUAUUUUCCAUACAAAAUUCUAGCCAUGGGGGAGGUGGUUUAUGGCCGACUGUAAAAAUUUCUCAACUUUGCUUUACAGUGUAGUAAAAGGCAAGAUAUAUUUAUUUGGAGGUUGUUCAAGCACGAAUGCUGAGCGUUGCCUUCCAGGAGUCUACACCUUUGAUCUUGGUGAGUAAAAACAUGGAAUUAGACUGCCAGGGAUUUAUAGUUCAUUUAGUUAAUGGCAAGUCAAAGAGCCUCUUGCUCUUGUAGAAUAAAAAACAUUUAUUAAUUUAUUAUUGUUUGGGGGUGACCAUGGCAGCAUGGAACUACGAAUUUUGAUGAUCCCACCCUUUCCCUCAAACUUGUCUUUCUGAGGUAACUUGGUCAUGAUGGUGGGAUCGGGGAGGGACAAACCAGCUUUGCUGAAAAAGCUAAUCAUUUUAAAAUUGCAAGCUUUGAAAGAUAUAAACAAAAACUCGACUGGGUGUCCCGGCUCCUUGUUCCUAACUUAUUAUUUCCCUCCAGUAAGUUUAUUUAUUAUUUCUAUUCAUGGCAAACCGGAGCUCAUUUUGCACAAAUAUAUCUCAUAGUGGUUGAACAAAUGAAAGAUGAAUGCCAUUCAAUUAGGUCUAUUGCCAUGGAGCUCUGAAGCUGCCUUUCCCAUGGCACCUAGAGAACGGAAAGGAAUGUAGCUCAUUUCAAGCUCCUUUUAAGAUAUAUCUUCCCUUUGCUCAGUGAAGGUGAUUUGGCUCUUGGGUUAGGUUCCCUGCUGAGAAUGUUCCAAAUCAAAGGCUCCCUCAUUACUGAAUGCCAGUUCAUAAUGUACCAUAUUUUAAAUCCCACUUUAGACUGAUUAGUUCCAGAAGGGGAAAUACUGUAAGACGCUGGGUGUUUUAGCCUGGGGAGUUUAGCCUGGAGCAACAACCCAACCCCAAUUUUGGCUGGAAUUUUAAAAAGAAAUUGCAAUGAAAACAAACGCUGACUGCUUUCUGGAAAGCAAAAAUGUACGUUUCCCCAGAUCUGCUGCACAAGGUUACAUGAAUGGAUGGUUUGGGGUGCAGUUUUGGCACUCCCGGUCAGCAGCAGCUCAUGCAGUUUUUCACUGGAGAGUCUUACCAACUUCACUUCCACUGAGCGUCUCUGCAUGGGGGAACGAAACUGGCACCUUUACAACACAGCAGGGUGGUGCAACAUGCGGCCCUCAAUGCCUUUUUGGGUGGCCCUCGGCAACAUUUGAGGCCCUCCCUUCCCGCAGCCCUUGCAGCCCCCGUGUUGCCUUCCCAAAUCUUGGUAAGCGAGGAACUAAGCUUUGGGAAGGAGGCAUGAGGGUUCUGGCAGGGUCCUAGCGUCCUCCCCAAAGACUCGUUCAGUUUGGAAAGGAGGUAGGAGGUCUCUGGGACCCUGCCAGAGCUUCCUGCCUUUUUCCCAAAGCCUGGUAUCUUGCUUAGCUGGCUUUGGGAAGGCAGCAUGAGAACUGGGGGGCCAUGACAAAUUCCGGCCUCGCUCCCCACUCCUACAAUGUGCUCUGCGUGGGGCUACCUUUGAAGGUAACCCGGAAACUACAACUAAAGAAUGCGACAGCUAGACUGGUGACUGGGAGUGGCCGCCGAGACCACAUAACACUGGUCCUGAAAGACUCCCAGUACGUUUCCGAGCACAAUUCAAAGUGUUGGUGCUGACCUUUGAAGCCCUAAACGGCCUCGGUCCUGUAUACCUGAAGGAGCGUCUCCACCCCCAUCGUUCAGCCCAGACACUGAGGUCCAGCUCCGAGGGCCUUCUGGCAGUUCCCUCACUGCGAGAAGUGAGGUUACAGGGUACCAGGCAGAGGGCCUUCUUGGUAGUGGCACCCACUCUGUGGAACGCCCUGUUUAGGGAAUUUUUCAUGUUUGGUAUUUUAUCAUGUUUUUAAUAUUCUGUUGGCAGCCACCCAGAGUGGCUGGGGAAACCCAGCCAGAUGGGACAGGUAUAAAUAUAUUUAUUAUUAUUAUUAUUAUUAUUAUUAUUAUUAUUAUUUUACACGACAAGGACCGCACAUUCCAUGUCAAAGUACUCUUGUGGCCUGCUUAGUACAAUAACUUGGAACGCCCUGCUACAGAGUGUUUCAAAGUAGCAGAGCAUGCUGUGGGGUUCAUUAACUCAGCGCUGUGAGAGCAAAUAGCAGCUGAGUGGGGGGAAGCAGCCAGAGUGUUAUGGCCCCACCGUAGUCAAGUAUCUUCAUGGUGCUAUGCUAGGAGAUGCCAUCCCUCCUCCAGUGCAUGAUAAGGGUGCCAGGUCACCUUCAGUGUGGUGUAGUGAGCGGUGGACUCGUAAUCUGGUGAACCGGGUUCACGUCUCCGCUCCUCCACAUGCAGCUGCUGGGUGACCUUGGGCUAGUCACACUUCUCUGAAGUCUCUCAGCCUCACUCACCUCACAGAGUGUUUGUUGUGGGGGAGGAAGGGAAAGGAGAAUGUUAGCCGCAUUGAGACUCCUUAGGGUAGUGAUAAAGUGGGAUAUCAAAUCCAAACUCUUAAUUUUCUUCUUCUCCGGUGGUGCUCCGUGGCAGAUUCUGGUAGUCUCAUUAUCAGCCACCAUUGCUCCUGAUUUCUGGCCCAUGCCCUGGAGAUAUUUCAGACUAUAGGGACACGGGUGGCGCUGUGGUCUAAACCACUGAGCCUCUUGUGCUUGCAGAUCAGAAGGUUGGCAGUUCGAAUCCCCGCAAUGGAGUGAGCUCCUGUUGCUCUGUCCCAGCUCCUGCCAACCUAACAGUUCGAAAGCACACCAGUGCAAGUAGAUAAAUAGGUACCGUUCCAGCGGGUAUAAUGGCAUUUCCAUGCACUCUGGUUUCCGUCAUGGUGUUCCGUUGUGUCAGAAGCGGUCUAGUCAUGCUGGCCACAUGACCCGGAAAGCUGUUUGUGGACAGACGCUGGCUUCCUCGGCCUGAAAGUGAGAUGAGCGCCUCAACCCCAGAGUCACCUUUUACUGGACUUAACCGUCCAGGGGUCCUUUACCUUUUUUACCUAUUUCAGGCUAUGCUACUCUCCACUACUCCACAGAACCAGGGCAAAGAUACCUGUCUACCCAUGAAAGGUGGCAUCCUGUCUCAUUCAUGUAGUGAUGAAGCAUGAAUUGGCAUUCUGUCUGAAAAAGACCAGUUUUGUAAAUGUAGCAGAAACCUGAGCAAACACACACCUUUUUGGGUGUCUUCCUUAUCUUUUUUUUAAAAAAAAAUUAUUUAUUUAUACUUUUCAAAUCAAUACAUUUCACUAAUUUUAUACAUUUCACUAAUUUUAGAAUCAUUUUGACAUUUCAAAACUUGACUUCCUUCCCCCCUCUUUCUGCAGUUCCUUCAAUUAAUUUUUUUAAUAUCAUCUGCAUAUCCAAAUGAACUUAAUUUACUCAUUUAUUCAUCUUCUUUAAGUAUAUAGUAUUAUAAAACUGCAGGUUAUUAUAAUAAUCCUGCCAAUGUACUUAUCUGUUUAUAAUUUAUCUGUAAAUAUUCAUAAACCAUUUCCAUUCUUUUGUAAAAAAAAAUUGUUAGCUUGAUUUCUUAUUCUUCUGGUAAAGAUAAGGUAAAGGUAAAGGUAAAGGUACCCCUGCCCGUACGGGCCAGUCUUGACAGACUCCAGGGUUGUGCGCUCAUCUCACUCUAGAGGCCGGGAGCCAGCGCUGUCCGCAGACACUUCCGGGUCACGUGGCUAGCGUGACGAAGCUGCUCUGGCGAACCGGCACCAGAGCAGCACACGGAAACGCCGUUUACCUUCCCGCUAUAAAGCGGUCCCUAUUUAUCUACUUGCACUUAGGGGUGCUUUCGAACUGCUAGGUGGGCAGGAGCUGGGACCGAACGACGGGAGCUCACCCCGCCGCGGGGAUUCGAACCGCCGACCAUGCGAUCGGCAAGUCCUAGGCGCUGAGGUUUUACCUACAGCGCCACCCGCAUCCCUUAUAUUCUUCUGGUACGGUUUGCCAAUUCUGCAUAUUCCAUAAGUUUUUGUAUCCAUUCUUCCUUUGCUGGGACUUCUGCUUCUUUCCAUUUUGGAGCGAGUAACAUUCUUGCCACUGUAGUACCAUACAUGAAUAAUUUCUAUGCAUUUUAGGUAGUUCUGUCCCUAUAAUUCCCAAAAGAAAAGCUUCUGGUGUGCUUUUUUACAAAGGUUAUUUUAAACAUCCUUUUUAUUUCAUUAUAUAUAAUUUCCCAGUAAGCUUUAACCUAACUACAGGACCACCACAUACUACAACACACACCUUUUUCAUCUGAUUACACUUCUGAGUAUAUAUUCUAUGGGACUAAAAGCCAAUACAGUGGUACCUCGGGUUAAGAACUUAAUUCAUUCCGGAGGUCCAUUCUUAACCUGAAACUGUUCUUAACCUGAAGCACCACUUUAGCUAAUGGGGCCUCCCGAUGCCGCCGCCACUCUGCUGUUGCGUGAUUUCUGUUCUCAUCCUGAAGCAACGUUCUUAACCCAAGGUACUAUUUCUGGGUUAGUGGAGUCUGUAACUUGAAGCAUCUGUAACCUGAAGCAUAUGUAACCCGAGGUACUACUCAAUUUGUGAGCUAUUUCGCUGAGAUAUGCAUGAGAGGAGUAGUGGAAUAGAUGUCAUAAUUUCAUGGCAAAACAGAUAGUAAAUUCUCAAUGAUUUAGCGCAAUACAGAAGUAGUAAAAACUAUUUUUAAAAAAUACAAAGAGACAGUUUUUUUAAAAAAAGAAACAUUUCAGAUAAAAUAGCCAUUUAAAAACCGAAAGCCUUCCUGAAAAGGCAAGGUUUUCGCCAACUUUUGAAAUUGCCCACACAGCUAGCCUCUUUUAGCCAGGUUUCAGUAUUUUGUAGAACAAGCAGAAUGAGAGAGUGAAUUCGUUCCUCCCCCAGCCCACUCUACGAUAAGAGACUAAUUUACUGUUAUUUCCUUAUCUUAAGGUUCCUUAAUGUGGCAGAAAGUUGCAGCCACUGGCAUCGCACCUCAGACUCUCAAUCACAGUUCAGCUGCAGUUGGAGAAAACAUCUAUGUAUAUGGGGGUACACUAUGUGGAAAAGCUGUUGAUGACCUGCACGUGUUCAACACGGGUGAGUAGAACUAAAUCUCCUUUAAGAAAUUUGGUUUCGUAUGUGGUCAAUCAAUCCACAAUCAUGCAAUAGUGCAGACUAUAGCCGUAAGUGCAAAUAGAGCUUACUUGAUUCUAGGGUUCUUUCUUGCUCUUCAGCAUAAAAGCCUAGGUCUGGUUAAAAUAAUAUAAAUAUAUAUUUCUAAAAAUCAGUUAAGAUAAUUUACAUCAGAAAAAUAGGGAGGGUCCUAAAAAUUUAAAUAUCUCUGGUGUCAGAGGUCAGGGUGAAGAGGUGUAUUGUCGGUAUAAUAUAUAGAAGCUCUCCUUGAUUUCUCUUUGUUGUUAUUUGCUACAUCGUUUCCUCCAUCUUUUAUGAUGAUCCAAAUCUUUUACCAUUGUAAAAUUCACCCUUAAACUACAAGUGAUAUUCCAAUCCUACUAGCAAUUUUAACUGUUUACAAUGGUCUUUAAGAUAAGCUAUAAAUUUUCCCCAUUCCUUAGUAACAUUUUGGUAUUCCCAAUUUUUGAUUCUCCCAGUCAUUUUAGCCUUUUCAGCAUAGUCCAUCAACUUGAUCUGCCAUUUUUCUCUGGUAGGAACUUUAUCUUCUUUCCAUCUCUGGGCCAAUAACAUCCGUGCAGCUGUGGUUGCAUACAUAGAUAGUCUUGUCUGCUCCCUUGGGAUUUCGGCACCUAGAGAAGGCACUCUUUUUGAGGGCACACACCUUUUUAUGUCCGUAACUGUGGAUUAAAAAGUACAUAGACUCACCUUCACUCAUAUGGUUCCCUGUUUUGAUAGGAAAAAAAUAAUAUUAAACUGCAGAGAUAGCCACUGCGUUUGGGUUCCAGUUUCCAUUAGCCCCAGUCAGCAAGGCCAAUGGUCAGGAACGAUGCGAACUGGAGUCCAGAAUACCUGAGGGCCACUAUUUUUGCCUCCCACACACUGUUAUAUGGAAUGCCAUUCUUCCAUUUUUGUUGCAUUUUUUUGUCAUAACGCCUUUGCUAUUGUGACAGUUUAUGUUAUCUUUCAGUGUCCCAAAGCUGGACCCCAGUCAAAACCUCUGGUUCAGCCCCUGGUGCCAGGUUAGUUGCUGGUUUUUUAAUAUAUUUUUAAUUUUUAGCUUGUUAACACUAGAGUUGAACCGGAAUAAGAAAAGCACAAGUAAAAGAUAGUUUAGUCAUGUUCUCCACCAGAGAAACUGCUGAUGAAGGUGGAAUAAUAUUUGAAGUGUAAGGACCAUUUCUCAGACCCUCCACCGUUCGUGUGACCUCGCCAUUCAUAUAUACAGAAGAAGAGUAAAGGAAGGUCUUGCAUUAAUAGUACAAAGGGAAUAUUCCGUGCUAUGUUGGAGGGGAUGCCAGGAAAUAGGAAAUUAUGUUCACAUGUGGUGGGGGUGUAAAUCUGUACAAUUUUUUUGGGCAAAGGGUGUUUAAGGAGAUAACAGAAAUCACUGGAUUAAAGUCCAGAGGUACAGUAGCAUUUUUAUAAAUUUACGAUGGGGUGGAAGGUUCACAGGCUACGAAGGACUUGCUCACAAAUUUAUUGGCAGCUGCACACAUUAUUAUAGCAAGGAAUUGGAAGGGGCAAGCAAAAUAUAAAAUGGAAGAAUGGUAUAAAUCUGAGGAAGCCUCUCUGGCCCCUGGUGCAGGGGGCCGAGGGGCGGGGCGAACCACCCAGUGGCACAUGCGCAGGGCCCAUACAGACUGGGCAUGUGCGGCGCACAUGCGGAUGGCGCACGUGUGGCAGACCAUACAGACGCUGCGCGCACCCUCGGCCGCUCUACAGCUGGGGGGAAGUAGCAGGCCAUCUUGUCCCCCCCAGGGUAGCACCCGGGGUGGACCGCCCCCACCCCCGCUUCAUACACCCCUGGUAUAAAGAGGUGUGGGAUAUAGCUAUUAAUGAUAAAUUAACAUGUGUCAUUAAGGUUAGAUGGGGAAUACGAAGGAGAAAUUAUUUUGAGGAGAUAUGGAUGGUGUUUGUAGAAUUUGUACUGUUAAAACAGAAGGGGGUCAAACUAUCUCAAGAGGUGUUGAAAUUUUGGAAGGUUUGGAUAGUUACAAUGGAAUGGUCUCUGUGGUGGGGUGCACAUUUUUAUUCUUACUUAUUUAUGAUUAUUACUUUGUCAAAAUAAAAAAAAAUUACUACAAAUAAAUUAUUUCUGCCCUUGCAUGAGGAUAGAGGCCAUAAACAUGAGUAAGCAAGUCUGUGGGGACUUGUUUUCUGGGUUCUGGGGUGGUGUACAGAAGGAUAAGACCCACUUAUUGUCUGAACCAAAGGUUGUUUCAGGAAGCCAUGAGUUUCUCCUGUGCGUAGGCAAAAGGCCCUAUGAGCUGAAAAGAUGCUGGCCAAACAUUCUUGAAUACAGUGGUCAUUCUUCUUAUCAUAAAAAGUUGAUCCCUAUAUAUACAAAGAGGAGAGCUCUGUUAAUGGUAGCACCAAAUGGAUUCUGAGAAAAUGCCCUCCUUUGCCAUUCCAAAUAAACAAGGAAACAAGAGAAUAUAAUUAUCUCUGUGACCCAUUGAAGCUUGAGUUGGAACAGCGCAUAAUUUUUGCUUAAUUGGGAGGGAAAUAAUCAACCAUACCUGUAAUGAGAUCUGAAUGCUGCCUUUAUGACCUAGUCAACACUCUGUGUCAUGUCAUGAAUGGAUGUGACUUUUAUUGCCCGGCUAAAUAUUGCCGAGUCUUCCUUUGAAGGAGAGGAGAAAUAGCUUAAAAGGAAAACGGGGACACUUAAGGGUCUUCAGCUAGUUGUACAGGGAGUUUGAUACAAUUGUGAAGGUUUGACUUUGGGCAAGGCUAAUAGUGUAUAAUUUCCUUUGAUUCCUGGCCAUCUAUGCAUCUAUACAGGGUCCUUUUGAGGAUAAAAUGGGAAGGGGAAGAAACCAAAUAUACCACUUUGAGGUCCUUGGAGGAAACUUGGGUUAAAAAUGUAAUAAUAAGUAAAUAAUAAACUGUGAGACCUCCAGGUGUAGGGCGGUAUAUAAAUUCAAUAAAUAAAUAAAAAUGAAAUGAAAUGGCACAUUUUGCUCCUCAAGUGCUCGGCCGAGAAUAAUUGCUGAUCACCUCUGAUGUUUGCUUAACUAUAUUAAAGGAGUCUUGUUCCCAAAAUGGUUUUUUUUCUUCACUGGAUCCAUUUUCUCUUCCACUAGUACCACCAUAACUGGAAGAGCUAAGACUGGCUUAUGACAGCGAUGAAAUUAUUCUUUGCUCACUCAGAGCGCAGUGAGGAACGCUUUGUUCAUUAAUAACGCUCUGGAGAAUGCCCAGAAAACUGAACGUGACAAAUUGCCACCAACUUAAAAUCAUUAGGCAACACAAUGCACUAGCACAAAACACAAGCAUGACAAAUUAGUGGCGAUUUUUCCUCAGCCUCCACGAAUUCUGAUACCCAUGCCAGGCAGGCAAAAGGAAGUAAGCCCCAUUGGACUUCACAGGGCUCACUUCUGAGUAGAUAAGACUAGCAGGGUUAGGGAACCUUUUUCAAACCCCGGCUUCUUCCACCCUGGGCAACACUGAGGGGGCCAAAUUCCUGUGAUGGGUGAGACCAGAAGGAAAAGUAGGAGGAACAAACAAUGUAGAUAUUAACUUUGUGCAGUAGGUAAGCCUCUACACGCACAAACAACCACAGAAGUACUGUUUUUGGGGGACAGGGGGCGGGUGGGUAUGGAGGACUCCCUGGUCCUGAAUGGGGUAACUGUGCCCCUGAAGGACCAGGUGCACAGCCUGGGAGUCAUUUUGGACUCACAGCUGCCCAUGGAGGCGCAGGUCAAUUCUGUGUCCAGGGCAGCUGUUUACCAGCUCCAUCUGGUACGCAAGCUGAGACCCUACCUGCCCGCAGACUGUCUCGCCAGAGUGGUGCAUGCUCUAGUUAUCUCCCGCUUGGACUACUGCAAUGCGCUCCACAUGGGACUACCUUGGAGGGUGACCCGGAAACUACAACUAAUCCAGAAUGUGGCAGCUAGACUGGUGACUGGGAGUGGCUGCCGAGACCAUAUAACACCAGUCCUGAAAGACCUACAUUGGCUCCCAGUACGUUUCAGGGCACAAUUCAAAGUGUUGGUGCUGACCUUUAAAGCCCUAAAUGGCCUUGGCCCAGUAUACCUGAAGGAGCGUCUCCACCCCCAUCGUUCAGCCCAGACACUGAGGUCCAGCUCCGAGGGCCUUCUGUUGGUUCCCUCCCUGUGAGAAGUGGAGUUACAGUGCCUUCUCAGUAGUAGUGCCUGCCCUAUGGAAUGCCCUCCCACUAGAUGUCAAAGAAAUAAACAAUUAUCUGACUUCUAGAAGACAUCUGAAGGCAGCCCUGUUUAGGGAAACUUUUAAUAUUUGAUGAAUUAUUGUAUUUUAAUAUUUUGCUGGAAGCCACCCAGAGUGACUGGGGAAACCCAGCCAUCACCAUCAUCUCUGUCCUGCAGCCAGACAAGCAAAAGGCAUUACAGUGGUACCUCAGGUUACAUACGCUUCAGGUUACAUACGCUUCAGGUUACAGACUCCGCUAACCCAGAAAUAGUACCUCGGGUUAAGAACUUUGCUUCAGGAUGAGAACAGAAAUUGUGUAGCAGUGGCGCUGUGGCAGCUAGAGGCCCCAUUAGCUAAAGUGGUGCUUCAGGUUAAGAACAGUUUCAGGUUAAGUACGGACCUCCGGAAUGAAUUAAGUACUUAACCUGAGGUACCACAGUAUCAGAGUUUGAGGGAUGCAUUCCAGCCAGCCAAAGGAUGCAAGAAGGAUGCAAAGCACUGGGGAUGUGGUAUAGAGUUUGGGGGCCAGAGAGAGCGACUUGGAGGGCCACAUUUACCCUCCCCACCAGGCCUGAGAUUCUCAGGCCCUGGUGUACAGCAUUGAGCUGUAAGACUUUUGAACGAAUAUCCAGUUAAAUUUGGGCAUAGGUAGCCCACACCAGAGUUCAAGCUAACUGUCAUAGUGUUACUUUGUCCAUCAGCGAGUGACAAAGUCUCAUCACUGUCACAAUUCAUGAAGUUGGGCUAUCAAUACAAAUGCAAAUGCGUCAGAUUUCAGACACUAUAACUCGUGCUAGAUAUUGAUACGACUGCUACCAGAACGCUUCACAGCAGAAAUCUUUGGGCUGCGUUUAUAAAUAAAUGACAAUUAAGUAGCUUUGGAUGAAAUUCUGCCUUGGCAUAAGCUAGCGCAAACACAUUAUUAUGCCUUGCCUUUGCCAAGAUUGAUUUUGUGUUUUUUUUCUGUUACUAAACUACUGUAAUAAACAUACUGUAAUAAGUUUAAGGAAUCGACAAAUGUAGUUCCCAGCAUAAAAAUAAUGAGUAUUGUUCCAGUUGUAUAAUCACAUUCCUUAUGAGCUGGGCAACGAAACAGUUAUUGUGAUGGAACAAAUUAUUCAGUAUAUUUGUAUUUACUACAAGGAAAGCAAUAAUUUGAUCAUGGGAGGAAGUGGUGCCUUUUGCUCAAACAAGAUUCCUCCCCUCACACACAUACAUUUUUACCAAUUCCCUGUUCCUACUUCAACUCACCCCACAUCCCAUCCCAUCCCAACUGUUUUCAUUUUCGUUACGUAUUUUGUGGUUUUAUAUCUUGAUUUUAUUCCGUGAACCCCCAUGAGACCCCCCGGGUAUAGGGCGGUAUAUGAAUUCAAUAAAUAAUAAUAAUAGCCUUAUUACACUUCAGCUCACUUGCCUUAGGAGACUUGGUGCUCCUUCAAAAUGCAAUUAUUAUUUAUUUACAGUAAGGGAACUUGUAUACACAUUCAGGUCUUUGAUAUUUGAAAAUGUGGCAACAAUGCAAUCCUGUACAGGUCUACUCCUAUGUAAGUCCCACUAAGUUCCAUGAGGGUUACUUCCAGGUUUGCCUAUGCAGUACUACCUCUGGAUACGAAUGGGAUCCGUUCCGGAGCCCCUUUCACAUCCUGAAGUAAACAUAACAUGCAACUGCGCAUGUGCGCAGGUCGUGUUUCGCCGCUUCUGCGCAUGCACGUGAUGUCAUUUUGAGCAUCUGCGCAUGCGCGAGCGGCAAAACCCGGACGUAACGUGCUCCGUUACUUCUGGGUUGCCGCAGAGUGCAACCCAAAAAUACUUAACCUGAAGCUACUUCGACCCGAGGUAUGACUGUAUAGGAUUGCAUACAAAAUAGGCUUUCUGCAGAAUAUUAAUGUCUCCUUACAUGUGGCAACGCAACCAGGAAGCAAUGUGUUACUGGCACCUCAAACAACUAUAUGACAGGUGUAUCAUAUAAUAAGUUUCAUUGUCCCCAUUGCUUUUCAUAGCACUAUUCAGGGAUGGGGACUGGCACAGCAGGUGGGCAAAGUCAUGGGUUGUUGGUGCUGCUUUUAUUGGGAAUUAGUGGGGCUCAGAGGCCAACUGCAGCAGAGCUGGCUAACCUGGGGCAUUUCAGAUUUUAUUGGACAACAAAUCCCUGAGCAUUGACUGUGUUGUAAUAAUAAUAAUAAUAAUAAUAAUAAUAAUAAUAAUAAUUUAUUAUUUAUACCCCUGCCCAUCUGGCUGGGUUUCCCCAGCCACUCUGGGCGGCUUCCAACAGAAUAUUAAAAUACAGUGGACACUCGGAUCGCGGACAUGAUCCGUGCGGGAGGCACGUUCGCAACCCACAGCAGCGCUUCUGCACAUGCGCAAACCCCGAUUUAGCGCUUCUACACAUGUGCGACCGCCGAAACCCGGAAGUAACCCGUUCCGGUAUUUCCGGGUUUCGGCGCAUCCAUAACCUGAAAAAACGCAACCUGAAGCGUCUGUAACCCAAGGUAUGACUGUACAAUAAUCUAUUAAACAUUAAAAGCUUCCCUAAACGGGGCUGCCCUCAGAUGUCUUCUAAAAGCCUGGUAGUUGUUGUUCUCUUUGACAUCUGGUGGGACUUUGAAUAAUGAUCUGCAAGUAGAAAGGAAAAUUGGACUAAGAAAUUCAUCUUAAUUUGGCACUGAAACGGGAAGGUCUAAACAGGAAGUCAGCCUUCCGUUUCUUGUAGAUAGAUUAAAGCAAAGAUAUGGUAAACCAGAGUUCAGAAAAUCGCUUAUAAAGGAUUAACUUUCAUCAUUUAAAAUUGUUGAACCCCCUUCGGAAGCAGGAGAAGAGGGGGGAUUUUUUCCCGGACUGUUUAAACCUGCAGAAAGAGUGUAAAGCAAAGUAAUUUUCCACCGUCUUGAUCCUGGGAGCGGGUGUCAGGACUGACGUUCUUUGGGAAGCUCAUUGACCAGAGACAAACGUCUUUGACAGAUAGCUAAAAGAAGAGAAACAUAGUGAUUCCAUUGUUCUCCUCUGCAUUUUAAAGGAACAAAUAUUGACAAAAUAUCUGAAAAAGGAAACUUUGUUGUUAGAUCUGCCUCUAAAAGAAAAGAACAAAUAGAAGUUCUUCCCCUAGAGGGAGCCUGUGAAACUGUUAUUAAAUCUGAAUCGGGGAGCUCUACAGCUGCAACAGAUUACGAUCGUGGGAAUAGACUUCUGACCUUGCAGAACAAUGUAUUCAGAAGCUCUGAUGAGUGCUUUCUGCAAAACAAGUGCCCUACUGGAACAGCUACAUGAGAAGACGGACUUGAUGACAGCUGCGAUCGGAAAUUUCGGACAGGUAGUGGGUAACUAUAUAGAGCCCACCCAGGAAUCAAAUCAGGAGUGUGCUCUGACAGAUCAGAUGAGGGAAGAGGAUGUUGUUGAACCUCGGGCGCCAGAGAUGGAGGGAGCUGCGGCCCAGCAGAAACAUGAGUACUUGGAGCUGACAAAUGAACUUGGAAAAAGCCAGAUUUGGAAAGUUUGGUUUGGUUUGGAAAUGGGGGGUUGGAUAGACCCCCCUAUGCAGAGAUGUUUGGACUUUUCAAGUCUGGCAAUGGGCCGUGAGAUGUUUGGGGUUGUGGGGGCUCUUAAUUCUGGAGGGACUUUGAAACAUGUUUUUAAAUACCACAUGGAGUUUAGUGUAGAGCAUGGAAAAGGGAUUGAUUUGUUGAGAAGGGUCAAAAACACUGUCAAGUUGGAGUUCCCACGAGUGAAAGGAGCAGGAGACAAAGUAAAGUACAGGUAUAAAUAUGAAGAAGAGCCGCGGAAGGGACAUGGAAGAGACUUAAGGGCCUCGGACAUAAGAUUACCAGGUUAAUGCGCUAGAUUGAUGAGAUAGAAAGGACUGACAAAACCCGGGACCAGGAGGAAGAGACGCUGGAUGAAGAUUGGAAGAAAAGAAAAAAAUUAUUAGGAUUGCCCUAUAAAAGUGAUGAAUGUUAGAAAAAUGUUGGAAUGAAAUUAUUUGACUUUAGUAAAAAUGUUAAAAGUAUUAUGUAAGAACAUCUUAUGGCUAUGAGAAAUUGGUAUAAAUAAGAUCUAAGUUUUAAGUUUUAGGGUCUUUUAUAGUAAGAUAAGGUUAAAAUAGGUUAAGGUAAUGUAAUGACAGAAUAUUAUGAAAAAUGGAAAGGAUUUGCUGUGACUAUUAACAAUUAGGAUACAAAAAAAGGGAGGAGUGAGGAGGUCAAAGAAAGAAGGUAAUGACAGAUAAGGAUUUGAGAAUAUUGGAUUUGUUUUUAAAUUUUUGUGGCUUAUUUUUGCCUUUUGAUUGUGUUGUGUUAUGUGCUUUGUUUUUAUUUUUUGAUUUUGAUUUUUAUCAAUUUGUAUUGUUUGAUUGUGGAUUGUUUCUCUUUUGUUUUUUCUCUUUCUUUUUCUUCUCUGUUUUUUCUGUAAUUCUAAAACUCUUAAUAAAUAUCAUUAAAAAAACAACAACAGAUGUCUUCUAAAAGCCUGGUAGUUGUUGUUCUCUUUGACAUCUGGUGGGAGGGCGUUCCACAGGGCAGGUGCCACUACCGAGAAGGCCCUCUGCCUAGUUCCCUGUAACUUGGCUUCUCGCAGGGAGGGAACCGCCAGAAGGUCCUCGGCCCUGGACCUCAGUGUCCGGGCAGAACGAUGGGGGUGGAGACGCUCCUUCAGGUAUACUGGGCUGAGGCCAUGUCGGCUGAGCUUCAGAGGUGGUGCUGCUGCGACAGGAGAGAGAAGGUUCAGCCACGACACACAAACAGGGAAUGAGGCUAGAAAGUUGCAGCGAGGGAGAGGAGCAAGAGGCAGAAGGUAUUUGGGAGGAAAGGAAGGAGCAUAUACAGUGGUACCUUGGUUCUCAAACACCUUGGUACCCAAACAACCUGGAACCCAAACACUGCAAACCCGGAAGUAAAUGUUCUGGUUUGCGAACUUUUUUGGAACCUGAACGUGCUCCGUUUUGAGUGUUACACACUGAGGUCUGUCUGUUUUUGCUAUUUAUUUUGCGAUUUUGUGGCUGUUUGUGUUUUGUUUUUGUGACUGUGUAGAACUCAGUUCAGCUGCUGAUGGAUUGAUUGUGUGACUGCUGUACAUUGUUUAUUGCUUUCAUUUUAUGGAUCACUGGUCUCGUUAGAUAGUAAAAUUCAUCUUAAAUUGCUGUUUCAGGGGUUGUUUUUAAAAGUCUGGAACGGAUCAAUCCAUUUUGCGUUACUUUCUAUGGGAAAACGUGCCAUGGUUUUGGAACACUUUGGUUUUGGAACGGACUUCCGGAAUGGAUUAAGCUUGAGAACCAAGGUGCCAUUGUAUUUGGGAGGAAAGGAUUGAGCAUAUAGUGAGUAGACUGAGAAGGGGGGCAGUUCAGGAACAGGAAUGCAGGGAACCCAUCACCGGAAAAGAGGACAGAAGAAGGCACCGAUUUGCACAAAAUCCUGCUUCGGUUUUGAUGCAUAGAUGCAGAUUUAGAAAUCAUUCUGACUUAGUGAAUAGGGAGGAUGACCAGUAAGAAACAGAAAAGGAGACGUGGCUGAGGGUAAGCCAGUGUGACGCAUGGCUACUGUUAUGUACUGAAGUUCUCACCCUGGGCCAGCAGGGGGAUACUGCAGAUAGUUUUCACUCAGGUCCACAUAUGCAAAUAAGGGAUUGAAAGUGACCUUCAGUGAUUGGAUAGUUACAGAAAAUGGUUACUGUUGCGUUCUAGUGGAGCUCUAUAUAAGCAGGCUGGCUGAACCCUUCAGUUCAGUUCUGUUCUGGCCUGUGAAUAAACAAGAGCUGUUUGAAGAAUCGCUGUGUCAUCUGAUAUGUUCACCCACAACUUAACAGCUACCUUAGUAAGGAAACAAGGGCCUACUGACAGUCCACAUAAACUCCUGGUCUUCUCACACAACUCCUUAGCAGGUACUUGAUAUAGUUGCUGUGCACUUGAAACCCCUUAGAGUUAAUUCAGAGGGUCUGGAUGGUAGAGAGCAGAAGGGAUCAGCAAAUGGUAGGAAAGAGAGCACUUGACCUCUGCAGACCUGCCGCCAGAGGAGAUGACAGUGGUGCGUUUUGAUAGCAGUUAUUUCAUGAAAAGCACACUUGCUGCUGUAUAGACGCAUCUCUCAGGGCUUCCUAGAGUGCAGGUCUAGAGGAGUGGCUAAGUGACUAAGCGGCAUGCUUCAGGAAGAACGACAGGAGAGCACUGUUGCUCUCGUAUUCUGCUGCUCGGCUUCCCAGAGGCAUCUAGCUUAGGGUUACCAGACAUCCCUGGUUCCACAAAUAUGUCACCAGACAAAUUUUGUCCCCGGAAUGUCCCCAGAUUUGCAAAUCUGUCCCCGGGAAACGUGGCAGCGGCAGCCUCAGCAGCCCGGAGCCAGCCUGGUAGCGCAGUUGGCUCUGGCUGGCUUCAGGAGCUGCUUGCUGCUUGCUGCCAGAAGUCCCCAUAUGAUGUGUUUUGCACAAGACACAUCAUAUGGGGACUUCCUGGGGGCAAACUGGCGGGCGCCACAGCAGCGAGCAGCAAGCAGCUCCUGAAGCCAGCCAGAGCCAACUGCGCUACCAGGCUGGCUCCGGGCUGCUGACUGCCGCUGUUGCUGCCACUGCCAAAGGGGAACCGGGGACGUCCGGCGGUACAGAUCUCCUACCCCCUGCCCCCUUUGUUUUGACUGAUCGGCGGAGGCUCGGGAGUUGUUAGUGAGCGGCCGUUGCCCAAUUUUUAAAAAACUCUGCGCAUUUAUGUUUCACAGGUUGCAAAAGAAGGGCUUUGCACCUUUAUACAAUAUGCAUGUGUGCUUGAGCCCAGGAUCUUUUGCCUCACCAUCCCAACUACUGACUCCCUGUUGCUACUCAGCUUCAAAAAAAAAAAAAAAAGGGGGUCCCCAGAUUCAUUAAAAAAAAUCUGGUAACCAUAAUGUAGCUGGCCAUUGCAUUCUCUCUGUCUCUGUCUAUGUCUCUUUCUGCUGUCCCAGGGUUUAGCUUUUUUCCGGCUUCUAGCUCACAUAACUCAACUCUCAACGCUUACCUUGUCUCUUUUGAACUGACAGGUAGUUGGGGAAGGGAAGCCUACCCAUUUGACAUCUGGCACAGAGCCACUCCCUUUGUUCCCUUAAUGACCCAUUUUUAGUGGGCUAUUACCAGGCUGGUCUGGCUCUUCCAGCAAUUCAAUCCAUUCUGGAUCCAUGAAUUAGAAGGGAGUAGGGCUCAAGCAUACAGCUUACCACCACCCCCACAAAAAAAAACCCUCAUGACUGUAUGUAUCACUUCUUCUUUCAAAGGGGAAGAACAUUCACAUUGCUUGAGUUUAUGUUUAUUUCCUAAUGUUUACCACAUUGCUUAUUUGGGUUCCUUCAGACAUCCUCCUUAUUGUUCAAUGAUAUUAUUUGUGCUCUUGACUGCCUCAGGGCUGGAUUUAGGUAUGAUGAGGCCCUAAGCUACUGAAGGUAAUGGGGCCCUUUAUAUGUCCAGCUGUCCUUUGUCAACAACAAAUUGUCGCUGUUUUUGUGUGUGUGUUGAAUAUAUGCUAUAUGGUAAUUUAUGGACCUAAUAGGUAUCUAAAGCCAUUUGCACAUGUUGCCAUGCAACCAGUCCAUGCAGAAUGUAGGCACUCUAUAUAAAGGUAAAGGUACCCCUGACCAUUAGGUCCAGUCGCAGACGACUCUGGGGUUGUGAUGCUCAUCUCGCUCUAUAGGCCGAAGGAGCCGGCGUUUUUCCGCAGACAGUGUUUCCGGGUCAUGUGGCCAGCAUGACUAAGCUGCUUCUGGAGAACCAGAGCAGUGCACAGAAACGCCAUUUACCUUCCCGCCAGAACGGUACCUAUUUAUCUACUUGUGCUUGAUGUGCUUUCGAACUGCUAGGUUGGCAGGAGCAGGGACCGAACAACUGGAUCUCACCCCGUCGCAGGGAUUCAAACCGCCAACCUUCUGAUCAGCAAGCCCUAGGCUCAGUGGUUUAGACCACAGCGACACCUGUGUCCCGUACCCUACAUAUAGAAAUGAGCAAACCAGUGAUAUUUGAGGGAGCAGGCUAGCAGGCGGGGCCCAUUACUUACAUCAUAGGAGCCUACACAACACAAAACACUGUUGCUGUAUGUACGUUUUAUUUUUAUUUUUUUUUUAUCUUAUAUUUUGGAAAUGUACAUCCAGGUUUUUUUCCUUUAAAUAUUUUUGGGUGCCCCCAAGAGAGUGGGGCCCUAAGCUAUAGCUUGACUAGCUUAUACGUAAAUCUGGCACUGCAUGAUCCCGGUUUCAAUACCGUUUGCACCUGCAAAGGUUUUCAAGUCUCAUAUACUGCUUCAGUUCCAGUCAGUGCAACCCUUGUCACGUCAUGCUGAAAUCCUAUAACUUUUCAUACAACGAAUGUUCCAGUUUGCUUUCUGUCAUGCUACAGCAGGUGGCAAUGAUGUGGCAGCGUUAGGGAAGCAUCACGGAACAACUAAUAGUGAUCCAGUGUACAUCUACCACUAAUGCACUGUAAUGGCAGUGAUAUAAGUAAAAAUAACCUGCUCCUUUUCCCUUAUGGCGUACCCAAGAGCCCUUUUGUAGGUUCUCUGUCAGUAGGAGAAAAUAACAGAGGCCAACCAGAGAAUAUUGAGAAGCAAAGCAGCUAGUAAGCCUGAUCUUUAUUAACUGUUGCAACAGGGUGCUCCCCUCACACGCAGGAGAGAGGAGGAGGACCCAGAACAAUGGUGCGCAAGGCCUUAUAUAGACAUUUUAAAUUGUCCGCCCUGAAGUCCAAGACCACCACCCCCAGAAACAUCAUACAUACAUCACAGAAAAGGCCGUCUACAACAGAAAUCUGAGUGCGUUGUUUAUCUCCUGUCUGGCAAGUUACCUGAUUGCAUUAUCCGGGUUUUGGCCACUCUUUUAUUAGUAUAACUACAGUCAUACCUCGGGUUACAGGCGCUUCAGGUUGCCUUUUUUCGGGUUACAGACGCGCCAAAACCCGGAAGUACCAGAACGGGUUACUUACGAGUUUUGGUGGUUGCGCAUGCGCAGAAGUGCCGAACCGCAGCUGGGGGUUGCGAACACUGCAGGUUGCAAACGUGCAUCCCGCACGGAUCACGUUCGCAACCUGAGCAUCCACUGUGCUUAAUUCCUGAAUUUAGGUCACACGUCACAGGCUCACACCCUGUUCAUAUCUUGAAUGUGCCCUUAAGACAGGAUUUGUGAGGAAAGAGACAAUGGGGAGGUUUCCCACUUUGACCUUGCAGAGAAAUAUUUGAGGACAAUUUGUUCAAGACCUUUUCUGUGGGGUUUCAGACAUGUGGUUUAUAUAUACAGUUAUGAACAUUUAAUUUUUUUAUAUAUGACCUUAAAUUCUUAUAACAGCAGCAAUGGCAUCUUGCAGAAUACACCUGCCCCCCCUCCCAAGAGAACAGUCGGGAGGGGGCAACCUUAUAUACUUUUGAUUUCCAUGGCAUUUCUAAUUCUGUCUGAGUGAGCUGCAAGGCACACUGUUAAAUACAAAUGAUGUUUUAACUUUUCAGAUCAGGCCAUGCUUUUGCAACGAUCGGAGAAAUCAUCUAUAUGUUUGGAGGAUGUUCCGACAAAGAUGAAUAUUGCACUGAUCUGUUUGCACUGGACACAGGUGUCUUUCGUUAUUACAGAUCAUUUCCCUCACUGUAUGAAUAACUGGGGUGUUUUUUUUGGGGGGGGGAGGUACAAAUAGAUGAAAGCCAAUGCAACAACACUGUACCACUUUUGUUUGUACCUCAGUACAAACCUCUGAGAAAAUCAGAGCCAGACUUCAGAUGGAUCUUUACUCAUGAUAAUCAGCUUUGAACACACUAUAAACCAGGGGGGAAAACACAAUUUAUAGAGAUAUAAGUAAAAACAUGCAUUCUGUAUCAUUAUUCAGUAAGAAGUUUGCCUGCUCCCAGUUUCCACUUUUCUGCAAAGGCACUUGGAUAGCUGAUAAGCACUGGGGCAUUUGACACUUAAUUGUAUCAAAAUUGUAUUAUACAAUUAAUGCAAUUAAACUGUAUUAAAAAUUUAGUGAAUCCAGGCCAAAUUAAUUACACUUCUGUAAAAAGUUACUUACAGCUAGCCUGUCCUAUUGAUUAUAAUGGGAACUAAGUAUUAUUAACUUGGUUUCGAUCCCUUAAGAACUCAAGAGUUCUUAAAGAGUUCCCUUAUGUAUAACUACACCAUUUCCUGUUGGCUCACUGGCCAUCUCCCAAAAAAAGCCAUGUUGGGUCCUCGGCUUCCACAGAGCUCGGUUCUUCAUGAUGUCAAAUGCUGUGAAAUUCUUCAUUGCAGUUUUAUACCACCCUGACCCUCACCGACUGAUGUUGUCAGGACACUGGCUUUUUCAAUGCUUUGCUUUCAAAGAUGGUACCGUGUUGCCAGGAAACAUCCCAAAAACUAGUUCUUUCUCAGAUUGCCUAAAAAUAGCUCUGAAAUAUUCUCCCUUAAUAAUGUCAGCCGUUACUAGGCUGACGGUUGCUUCACAAGCCUGCAGUCUCUAAUCAAAUGCUCCAAAAUUUGUGGGCGUAAAAUUAGAUAAUGCAACUUAAGAGUACAAUGAGAGAUGCAGUGAGACUGAGGGUACGUUCUGUCACAUGUGGUGGACCUGUAAAAGGGUAAAAGAGUAUUGGGAAAUAAUUAUAAUGAAUUGAAAAAGAUGUUUUUCCCAAAAAGCCAGAGUCCUUAUUGAUGGGGAUAAUUCAGACGGAAAGUCCCAGGUGUCAAAAAAGGUUAUUUAUGUAUGCCACUACUGCGGCUCAUGUUUGGUUAGUCCAAAAAUGGAAAAUGAGUGAGGUCCCAACUAAAGAAGAAUAGCAACUUAAGUUGACAGAAUAUGCACAGCUUGCAGAUUUAACAUAUAGAACAAGAAGAACCUAUGUUUAAAGAAGACUGGAAAAUGUUUAUUGAAUAUAUGGGGGGAAAUUGUGUAUAUUUGAAAACGAGGGUAGCAUUAAGACAGAUUCAACAGCGUAAAUAUGUUUUGAUGGAUGUAAUAAUAGAAUACUGAAUGGUUCAGUUUAUAUAAAAUAUGCAGGGAUUUAUGUUAUGCAGAAUGAAUCGUGGAAAGAGUAGAAGGGAGGGCAUUGAUAUAUUAAGGUUGUUUAAAUGAAUAUUCUAAAAUGUAAAACAUAAAAUGUAAUAAAAAUUAUACCAAAAAAAGUGCUGUUAGGAAUGCUUAGAAUUCCCUACACUAUUUAGUUAUUUGGCUGCCCAAUAAGUUCCAGUCUGGGACGAUGGGAGGUUAGCUCUGUUUUUAUAAGAAUAAAUGGAUGGAAAUAUCGAAGGCCAUGAACUGCAUUCCCUAAUGCAAAAAAAACCACAACCCGAGGAUGCAAUGCAGGUUCUAUUUGCUUGUUUUCUUCUCUCCUCUUCCCAAGUAUUGUUAACGUGGCAGAAGUGUGACGUCAAGGGAGAAAAGCCCAUCGGAAGGACGCAACACACAUUUACAGCUCACCAUGAUAAGGUAAAAGCCAGUCAGUUUCAAUCUUCUGUUUCAAAUGAUGUUGCCUAUUGAGGUCCAAAGCCACCCCCUAAAUAAAUCACAAUUCACACAAAAUUUUUGUUUAAGGGUUUUGGCAUAAUUUUGGCCACAACUUUAUUAAAAUGCCCAAGGACAGAACUGACUUCCGGAUUCCAGCGAAAACCAGUAAGGGGUUUGCCAUGUUUUAGUCCGUAUCCCCGGCAAGGGGCUAGGGCCGUGCAUGCCCCUGGGAGCAUGCGGGGAGGGGUGACGUUAUAGUGCCCAGCCCCAUUCACUCCCCUCUGAAUAAUAAUUUUCUUAUUUAUACCCCGCCCAUCUGGUUGGGUUUCCCCAGCCACACUGGGUAGCUUACAGCACAUAAAAAAUUGUAAAAUGUACAUAGUUGUCAUACACAGGUGACUGCAAUUAUUUAUCUGUGUGUAUAUAUAUAUAUAUAUAUAUAUAUAUAUAUAUAUAUACACACACAGUGGUACCUCAGGUUACAAACACCUCGGGUUACAAGCACUUUGGGUUACAGACUCCGCUAACCCGGAAGUAGUACCUCAGGUUAAGAACUUUACCUCAGGAUGAGAACAGAAAUUGCGCUGCGGCGGCAGCGCAAGGCCCCAUUAGCUAAAGUGGUACCUCAGGUUAAGAACUGUUUCAGGUUGAGAACAGACCUCUGGAACAAAUGAAGUUCGUAACCAGAGGUACCACUGUAAAUAUAAAUACAGGGCUCAUCCACACUUCCGCAUGUGCUGUGCCUAGAAAGCACAGUCCUGGCAGUUUCCUGCUUGACCCACGCUUUCUAAGCAUGGGUCCGAGGAGUUUUCCCCCUUGCCCCAUUCCUUUCCAAGGGAAAACCUGCUCUUUCGUGGUAUAUCAGAACAAAUGGCAAUCUAGGGUAAACCCAAAUUCCUGUUAGUUCUGAUUGAGCACCAAAGAGCAGUUGUUGUUGUUUUCUUCCAUCCCCAUCCUUCCUCAUUGCGCUUCGAAUUUCAGCGGUGCUUAGUUAUGCGGAAUAUCGCCAUGUCUAUGCAGAAAAGCCUCCCUAUUGGUUUGCCAGGCCACACCUGUCAUUGGGAGUCCUCUGAAAUGCAAGGCGAGGCGAGUUGGCCGCAGUCCAAUCAAUCCCAGAGUGUUUUAGCAGAUUGUUAAUUAGCAGAAGCCGGCCAUUUCCAAGGCAACCAGCAGUAUUGGUCCGCAUGUGUCCUCAGAUGUUUCGUUGAGGUGUGUAGGGUGAGACAAAGGAUUACAGCAGACGUCCAGACAUCAACAAUGAGAAGGGAUCAAGGGAUCCCCUGAGUCUACUUUGUAGGAUGGAAGUUGUUCAAAGCCAUCUGCGUUUUCUAAUGGUAACUCAGAUUAGCAGAUAGCUGCUUCUCUGCCCCCAGCAAAAGUGGGCAAAUAUAUGUGUUUGGGAAUUAUAGGGACAGAACUACCUAAAUUGUAUAGAAAUUUAUUUAUGUAUGCUACUACAGCAGCGAGAAUGUUACUUACCCAAAAGUGGAAAGAAGCAGAAGUCCCAGCAAAGGAGGAAUAGAUCCAAAAAUUAUGGAAUAUGCAGAAAUGGCGAAACUUGCCAGAAGAAUAAGAAAUCAAGAUAACAAACUUUUUAUAAAAGAAUGGAAAUGGUUUAUGGAAUAUUUACAGAUAAAUUGCAAACCAAUAAAAGCAUUGGCAGAAUUAUCGUAAUAACCUGCAGUUUCAUAAAAGUAUAUAUUUAAAGUAGAUAAUUAAAUGAGCAAAUUAAAUGAAUUUGGAUAUGCAGAAGAUAUUUUAUAAAAAAUAUAUAUUAAGAAACUGCAGAAAGAGGGGGAAGGAAGUCAAACAUGUUAAAUUGAUUGUGAAACUAAUGAAAUGUAUAAACUUAAAAAGUAUAAAUAAAAACUUUUUUUAAAAAGUGGACAAAUAACGUUACCAAUAAAGUUCAGCAUAGGUAUUAAUGUCAAGCCUCUGCAAGACAUUUGGCAGGAACAGUUUACUGUUACAAAAAAUUUGACUUUCUGACUAUUCAUCGAAAGAAGGCCUUUAAUAAGACAUGGAAAAAACCCCAACUCCAUUUUUGUGUGGAUGUUGCCGUAGAGAAGGACAAAGCAAAGAUAAAGCUGAGUUAUUUAUUACUUUUGCUACAGUUUCUUUUGUUCUUCCUUUCAGGACAUUUAUUUGUUUGGAGGAACUUCCAAGUCUGAAGAUGGGAGUCAAAUACCAAGGAAUGAUAUUAUGAAAUUAAGUUUAGGUGAGAUGGGGGAGCAGUGGAAGAACGGGUGGAUUAGAUAACGUUGUCCACCGAUGCCUGUUUGAAAGUUACUGAUUUUUGAGGUGCAUUUUUGCUAUGCUAUUUGAAUACUGCCUUUAUCUCUACACUUCAAAACACACCGAGUUCUUUCCAUUUCAGCUGAUCCAUUUGUCUGUUGGUUAUCCCUUAUAAUGUUUUUUUCUUUGAAUCUGCGCUUCUUUGUUCCCACUUCUGGGGGGGGGGGAAUGUAGCAACCAAAAAUAGUUCCUCCAGCAAAAUUUGCUGUGCAUUUAUAACUUCAGGGUAGUUGCUGAUUAUUGUUCUUAAUUUAUCAUGUCGCAGGGAAGAGGGGGGAACAAUUCAAGAGUCUUGUGGCACCUUAAAGACUAACAUACCGUAUUUUUCGCUCUAUAGGACGCACCAGACGAUAGGACGCACCUAGUUUGGGGAGGAGGAAACAAAACAAAACAAAAAUCUGAAUCCCAGAAGCCAGAACAGCAUGAAGAAUCUGACUUCUGGGAUAGCCUCUUGCUGUUCUGGCUUCUGGGAUAGCCGCUGGGAUAGCUGGUCUAGCUUUGCACGAAGCCUCCACAGGGCACGGGGAGCCUUCAUCCCCGUGCCCUGUGGAGGCUUCGUGGGGCUAUCCAAAAGCCAGAAAGCACUCCCUCUGUGCUUUGGAGGCUUCGCGUUGCUUUCGCUGAAGCCAAGGAGCCUGCAGUCUCUCCAUAGGACGCGCAAACAUUUCCCCUUAAUUUUUGGAGGGGAAAAAGUGCGUCCUAUAGAGUGAAAAAUACGGUAUUUGUUGUGACAGAAGCCUUUCUGGACAGAAAGUGCUUAGCAAGUGCUUACAUGUUACUGCGGGAAAUUGUGUGUGGGAGAGGGAGAGAGAGAGAGAGAGAGAGACCUGGUUCACAUAAUCAGAGCCAGUCUUAGUAUUAUGCAGAAUGAGGCAGCCACCUGUGACAGCUAUGUCUAGAAGUUAUUUAAUCCACUAUUGUUGCAUUAUUAUUUUUACUGCCAGAGAGCGUUUAUGGGAGUUACUGCCUUUGGCACCGGAAUAACUUGGGAAAACAAAGAUUGACACAAGAACAAGAGAGAAAACAGUUGUUUCUCUCAAAAAGUGCCAAAUUCAUUUAUUGGUACCAGAUGCUUUUCGGAAACAAUUUUUCCCUUCUUCAGGGGCUGAUCUAAGAACUAUGAUGCAUAUGCUUUACAGGUUGUGUCAUUAACCUGCCACUUCAAAAAUGACUGUAGAACAAAGAAUGCAAAUUCUCAAACAUAUCUUUUUGAAGAUAAUUGUUUCAUCCACGUUUGAACUCCGAACAUCCGUUUCACACAUCGGAAUGAAAAGAAUUUUUGCCGUCGAAACCACAUACUCCAGCAAAAAGGCUCCGAGGAGUCUAAACCACAAGAACCUCUCUAGUUUAAAAGGAAAAAAAGACUUCUUCACUUAGGAACUCCUUGUGUCAACACUAGAACGUAUUCCCAAACCUUCAUUAUGUUGUAAACAAGAUCUGCCCUUUUCCCUUAUGGAAUAUUCAAGAGCCCGUAUAGAGUCCUUAUGUGGGUUCCCUAUUGGUAGGAGAAAAUAACAGAGGCCAACCAGAGAAUAUUGAGAAGCAAAGCAGCCAGUAAGCCUGAUCUUUAUUGAUCUGUUGUAACAGGGUGCUCCCCUCACACACAAAAAAAGGAGGAGGACCCAGAACAAAGGUGUGCCUGCCCUUAUAUAGACAUUUUAAAUUCCCUGCCCUGGAGCUCAAGACCACCCCUCCAUACAUCACACAUACAUCACAGAAGGGGUGUAACCCAAAACCACCCCCCACAAACAUCAUACCUACAUCACAGAAAAGGUGGUCUACAACAGAAAUUUGAAUGCUGUUGUUUUUCCUGUCUGCCAGGUUAUCUGAUAAUGCCUUAUCUGACUGCCUUUCCUGGUAGUCUUUUCUUGGUAGUCUGUCACCCUUUGAAAUGGUGAUUACUAAAUUCCUGUAACAAGGAAGGUUUUUUCACCUCCUCCCUCCUUGCAGAGAAACAUUUGGUCAGCUUGGGAGUCAAAAUGGUUUCAGGACUGUUUUCCUGUGCUGCUUCAGACAUGUGGUUUAUAUAUAUAUUUAUGUAUGUGUUUGCUUGGUACAUUUAUGAACAUUUAAUAUAUAUCUAAGACCUUAAAAUUCUUAUUACACUUGUAUUUGUAUUUGCAUGAACAAGACACAAGGGUAAACAGAAGGGGAGCAAAUUACUGGCUGGUCAGCCUGGACAGCUCAGUUGUUUGCCAAGGUUGCAGGUUUGAUUCCAGUAUGGGGCAGCUGCAUAGUCCUGGAUAGCAGGGGGUUGGUCUAAAUCAGGCACACCCAACUCUCUAGAGACUGCAAUCUAUUCCCAGUAAGGUAGAGAUAAAGGGACCCCUGACCAUUAGGUCCAGUCGUGGCCGACUCUGGGGUUGCAGCGCUCAUCUUGCUUAAUUGGCCGAGGGAGCCGGCAUACAGCUUCCAGGUCAUGUGACCAGCAUGACUAAGCUGCUUCUGGUGAACCAGAAACAACGUUUACCUUCCCGCCGGAGCAGUACCUAUAUAUUUACUUGCACUUUGAUGUGCUUUCGAACUGCUAGGUUGGCAGGAGCAGGGACCGAGCAACGGGAGCUCACCCCGUUACGGGGAUUCGAACCGCCAACCUUCUGAUUGGCAAGUUCUAGGCUCUGUGGUUUAACCCACAGUGCCACCCGCAUCCCUUACAGUAUAAUAAAACUGGCAGUGAUCUACCCAUUGUCAUUGCCCAUACUUGUCGAGCUUUUUUUAGGAAUGAUUGACCAGAGUUGUUGAGCUGCUUGCCCAACAGUCCGCUGACCUCCCCCCACUCUGUCGCAGAUACAGGGAAUAAAACCCUUCACAACAGUGCCAGCGGCAGCAAUGGGACGUAGUACCGGGGGCGGGGCAUGUCAUAAUCGCUCAAGAGCAACUGGGCGAUCACUGCUUUAACUACCGCAAUCAGCCAGGAGCACCAUGGCGAUCUACCUCUCGAUCGCGAUCGACCAGUUGGACAUUGUUGGACUAGAUGAUCCUCAGGGUCUCUUCCAACUCUACAGUUCUGUGAUUCUAGGUCUCACAUACUCCUUCCUGGUGGAUGGACUUGGCUAGAUGGCUUCCAAAGCUGGUGGAAACCAUGCUUCCUACUUUGAGCACCUUGGAGGAAAGAUAGAAAUGAAAUAAAGCGGGUUCUCCUUCAUGGAGAGCAUGUGUUGCGGUGGGGAAAACCAUGACAUUCCCAGUUGCUGGGCGGGUUAGUAUGGAUGGCCAUGAAUUUGAUUAGGCACCUCCAAUUGUUGCUGGGGAGAAUUUAAUGUUGCAAAAUUGUUUGAUUGAUGGAGGUGCUAUUUAUUCCCUGUGUGCAGCAUUGAGCUGCUUCUUUUCACUGCGCACAUCGGAUCACCUGCCCACCUUCCCUAUAUUUAGGGUUUGUUGGUGCUGACCUUGCUAUACCUGUCAUGAGGUCAUCUGCUUUGGGGCAGGGGCCUGGUAGGAAUUUUUACCAUUUGGCUGAUUGGCCAGUGCCAUUUGGUUUCUUGCCUAAAAGGUAAAGGGACCCCUGACCAUUAGGUUCAGUCGUGACCGACUCUGGGGUUGCGGCGCUCAUCUCGCUUUAUUGGCCAAGGGAGCCGGCGUACAGCUUCUGGGUCAUGUGGCCAGCAUGACUAAGCCGCUUCUGGCGAACUAGAGCAGCACAUGGAAACGCCGUUUACCUUCCCACCGGAGCGGUACCUAUUUAUCAGCUUGCACUUUGACGUGCUUUCGAACUGCUAGGUUGGCAGGAGCAGGGACCGAGCAACGGGAGCUCACCCCGUCGUGGGGAUUUGAGCUGCCAACCUUCUGAUCGGCAAGUCCUAGGCUCUGUGGUUUAACCCACAGCGCCACCCGGUUUUUUGCCUACUGCGUAGCAAACUGUCACAACUUGUAAAGUUGCGGUUAGGCAUUGGUUAAUUUUGAUUGGUGGAGGGGAUGUGGUUGGCUGUGGCUGCCCCUCCAAUGCUGCCGCAGCAAGGGUAUUCUGGUAAAGGAAUCCAGUGGCUUGCUAUGCUCUUGUCCAAACCCCUGUGAAGGGGCUAGGGCCACGCAAGAGCCCCUGGGAGCAUUUGGGGAGAGGUGAGAGCCUGGCGCCCAGCUCCAUUCUCUCCCCAAAAAUGUUUACCCUUACUGACUUCCGCAGGCUUGCAGUUGUCAGUUCUGUUCCUACCUCUAUGUGGGAACAGAGCGUCGGUAACCAAUGCCUAAGCAACCACUCACAUACUGCAAUUCAAUAAAGUUGUGGCCAAAAUUAUGCCAAAGACCAAAACAAAAAUGUUGUGUGAACUGUGUCUUUAUUCGGGGGUUUCCUGGGGGGCCUUGACAUGCAACUAGCUAAAUAAAUGUGAAAGACAAUAUAAAGUCUUGGAAGGGAAUGCUGGUCUGGCUUUCUCUCCUAAGAAUCCAUCACAAUUAGGAGGUCCCACCUCCCAAUAAAGGUUUUUUUAAAAAACAAAAAACAAAAACAGAAUACCUUGUGAUCCAGCUGUAAAGUCAUAAGUGAUUAAGCAGUCUCUAUUUCUCAUAUCUGGGCACUGUACAUACCAUAUAUUUAAAGCACACGACUUUCGCCAGAUAAACUUGGGAACUGUAUUUUGUUAAGGGCGCUGGGAAUUACAGCUCUGUGAAGGAUAAGCUACAGUUUCCAGCAUUUUUGGGGUGACUUUGUGUGCUUUCGGUGUGUAUUGUGUAUCUCCGGGCAAGCCAAGUUUUAGACAUUUUCAACAAAAUAAAAGAUUGCCCAGGAUUUUAACUGGUUUUAUAUCUAUUGUUGGUGGGGCUUUUUGUUUGUUUCUUUGUUUGUUUACUGUUGCUAUGAUAAUUGCUUUUGUUUCUGAUGUUUUUGAUCUGUUUUAUAUUUGUUUUAUGGUUCUCUUUUCUAGGCUAUCGUGAAAAUCUAGAUUAAUAAUAAUAAUAAUAAAUUUAAGUGUAGCGUGUGUAUGCAGCCCUAUUCUAAAUGAUCAAUGACUUAGAUCAAGGGGUCAAAAUAAUGUACUAUGUGCUUCUUGUUCACAGCACUCAUAAAGCAUUUUGAGAGAACUGACAAAUGCAAGAUAGUUUAUAUAGGUGCCAGGUUUAUUGCAGUACAGUUGGCUUCUAUUCCUGAAUCUAGCCUAUUUAGAUUGAAGUUGUGGCUGGCUUUAGUAAUUUUGAAUUCAGUAACUGCACUCUGUAAAAAAAAGAGGCAAUAAUCUCUCUCCUAGGAUCUUUCUUUUUCCACUACCCAAGUACAAAUGGAGGAUUAACUCAUUUCUGUUACAGAUCCCUUGUAGCUUUUCUUACUCCUUUUCUCUCUCUAGCAUGUCUUACAACAAUUAUACAAAGCUCAGGCAUUCAGAGGUUUCUCAGUACUGUAUUUAUAGCACUGAGAGCACCUUCGGCAUAAUCCGCGGGAAAGAAUCAUUGUUUAGAUUAUUGUCAGCGAGUUUGCUUUCAUUAUUAUUAUUUUCUUUUAUGCCGUUCAGCACGGAUGAAAUGGAAGAUGCCACUCUACGUAGGAAUCCCCCCUGCUUGCAGACGGAACCAUGUGGCGUUUAUUCUUCAUAGCCAUGUAAGUGAAAAUCAUUUUGAAGCCAGGAGCCUGCUAUUCUUCCAAUUUUACUGCAUUUCAGCUGCUCUCAGUGGACGGAUUCAUAGAGCUUUUCCAUGUUUCGAAAGAAUGCAGAAUACAAGAGAGCAUUUAAUAAUAUGCUGAGCUUUGCAAUGGAAACAGGUAACGGGGACUGCUAGAUCACUCUCAGAAAGUGAGAAGGGGUGUAUCAUAUGGGUUUAGUGAUUAAGGCUGCAACCCAAAUCCCACCUACCUGGGAGUAAGCCCCAUUGAAUUCAAUACUCCUGUCAUCUUUUCUCUUUUCAGAGAAUCAGCUGUGGGGGAUGGGAGCGAUCAAGAUCAAGGGUGGGAUGAGGGAAGUUGACUUGUGCCCAGGGCUAGAUUUAGGUUUGAUGAGGCCCUAAGCUACUGAAGGUAAUGGGGCCCUUUAUAUGUCCAGCUCUCCUUUGUCAACAACAAAUUGUCGCUGUUUUUUGUGUUGAAUAUAUGUUAUAUGGUAAUUUAUGGACCUAAUAGGUAGCUAAAGCCAUUUGUACAUGCAGAAUGUAGGCACCCUAUAUAUAGAAAUGAGCAAACCAGUGAUAUUUUAGGGUUUGGGCUAGCAAGUGGGGCCCAUUACUUACAUCAUAGGAGAGUACACAACACAAAACACUGUUGCUAUAUGUAGGUUUUAUUUUAUAUGUUUUUUACCUUAUAUUUUGGAAAUGUACAUCCAGGUGUUUUUUUCUUUAAUUUUUUUGGGGGCCCCCAAGAGAGUGGGGCCCUAAGCUAUAGCUUGUUUAGCUUAUAUGUAAAUCCGGCACUGCAUGUGCCCUGGGUGGCAGAUUAAAAGGUAAAGGACCCCUGACAGUUAAGUCCAGUCGCAGACGACUCUAGGGUUGCAGCACUCAUCUCGCUUUACAGGCCAAGGGAGCUGGCGUUUGUCCACAGACAGUUUUUCCAGGUCUUGUGGCCAGCAUGACUGAGCCGCUUCUGGUGAAACCAGAGCAGUGCAUGGAAACGCCAUUUACCUUCCCACCAGAGUGGUACCUAUUUAUCUACUUGCAUUUUUGGCGUGCUUUUGAACGGCUAGAUUGGCAGGAGCAGGGACCGAGCAACGGGAGCUCACCCCGUCGCGGGGAUUCAAACCACUGACCUUCUGAUCGGCAAGCCCAAGGGGCUCAGUGGUUUAGACCACAGCACCACCCGCGUCCCUCUGGGUGGCAAGUUAGGAGGGUGCAAACGGGUGCAACGUGGAAGAGAGAAUAGAAAAGAAAUUAAUGGGACAGAGUUCCUAAUUCGCCCUAACCUUCCCCUGUAUUGCAGUCCUGAUCUGACUUCCACCCCCAUUUUGUUCAAAACAAAAUGAUACUAGGAAUUCCAAUAAGGUCAUCCAUAGAUAGCAAUUAUUGAAUGUUAGCUAUAUUCUUAUAUGUGUUCUGAUCAUUUGGGAGUAUUUAGCUAGGUACUUUCACUGUUUGCCGUUUCCUGUCAUCCUAUCUGCUUUGGGAGAGUCAAAGGCAAGGUCUGUUGGUUACUGGGAUGGCAGAGGGAUUUACUAAUAUCGAGAACUGAAUAUUGGGAGUGUGAGGGAUGCCUGGAUCCUGGCCUGAGCACUGCAGUCAAAGCCAGAUCCAUUAAAAAGGCAAAAGUGACUGGUCAGUGCUUGUAACCCCAAAUUUAUGAAGGGUAUUAGAUUGAGGAAGACAGUCUUAUCCUAUCAUAUUUCUGAAAGGUUCAAGAGUUGCUGCUGCUGUUUUUGUUCUUCAGAAAGCAAUAAGCAGGCACAGCCCUUCCCCAUUAGACAAUGUCAGGAUUUGGGGUGAGGGAGUAGAUAACUUACAGGGCCCAAGCAAGGAUAGCAAAAUUUAUAAGCUCCAUGCAUUUUCCAGUGGUUGUUAGUCAUACCUAAUGGGCCUGGUUUGGGAGGAAAGACUUUUAAUUUGCAAUAUGUCAAGCCUCUUCUGCUCUUGGAUGAAGCACACUAUGCAAGUAUAGGGCAAAUGACAGCAAAAUUUGAACACUGUCCGCUCUAAUUUCAAAGUGCAGAUUUCAGAGUGGGAGUUUGCUUACAGUUUAUUAUCUGAGACCAGUGGAGAUCCCUGGUCUUUGUGGGAUAAACCCUCCACGAUGGCAAUUUCCAAAGAGACAAUUGUGAAAUUAAGAAAUUGUGUUUGUGUUUGUUUGUGUGUGUGCUCCAGACCAAAAGCUUCCAUAAAUGUGAUUUGUGUUACCAUUGUUUGAAUUCAUAUUCAGCUAAUACGUUAAUGCGCAUUCUUACUUUUCUGUAUUCACAGCUCUAUAUCCUUGGCGGCACAAAUGAAAAAGAAUUAAAUGAUCUCAUGGGAAUGAAACUGAUAAAUCCUUCUGACAGACAGCCUAGUAAGUUUCGUUAAGUUUUUGAUGACGCGCCAUUAAAUUUGAACCCGUUCCCAUCACUCAGUUCCGCACCACUCUCACCAUUGUGAAGAGGCAACUAGAAAGUUCUAGGUUUCCAAAAUCAUUUAUUCUUCACAGAACCAACUAAUCAUUGAACACACUUCUCUAACAUUAGUUUUGCGUGCUGGAUAUUCACGUAAAGUGUUGCUGUCCAGCUUUUUAUUAAAAAAAUUAUAUCAGACUCAAAGUGCAUAACUUCCUCGCUCACCUGAUUUCAUUGCUGAAUAUGCUCAGUAUCAGUAUCACAGAAUGAGUUAAGCCUCAUAAAACUGAUUUCACCAAAGGUAAAUUUCUAUACGCUAUAAAUCUUAGCUCACCAUAUUUGGUGGAAUAAUGUGAUUUGAUUGCAGCUGCUGUGGAAGGCUGUAGCUCAGUGGUAAAGCACGGCUUUGCAUGCAGGAGGAACUAGAUUCAGUCCCUGACAUCGCCAUGUUGCAUUAGGAGAGGCUGCUGUGCGAAGCCAUGGAAACCCGCCACAUUCCUGCAUUGCAGGGCGUUGGACUCGAUGACCUUUGAGGUCCCUUCCAGCUCAACAAUUGUAUGAAUCGAUUAUCUAUAGCCAGAGUAGACUGUAGCCAUAUUAGACUUUACCGAUUGGUGGGCUCUGCGUUGCUCCCGGACAGGAGGAAGGAAGUCAAAUGACACCGAGGGUUGGUUCCGAGAAAGAGUUCUUUAUUUCUGCUCUCCGGAACAGCAGAAAGGCACCUGCGUGGUGUGUCCACAGCAAGUCCAAAGAAAUGAGAAAUUUCAUGCAGUAUAUAUAUCCUCCAGGCACCCUCUCCCCCUUCCCCAGGAAUCCAACCACAUCAGCCUAUACACGCAGGUUGACAUCACAUAUGUUCCUGCUCUGGUAUUCUUAACCAUAAAAGGGUAUUCCUUCCUGUACUUCUGACCAUAAAAGGCUAUUCCUGUUCCUACUCUUAUCUUGGAGCAAGAGGUCACCAAUUCCAAGAACACACUCUGGCGCUGUUCUCAGACUAGGUCUGUGUGUCAGAGUGUGUCCAGGACGUAAGAUAAGACCUAGACGUGUCAUCCCUGUUCUACUGGAACAGUCAAGGCCAUCCUUCCCAUCAUGAACGGAUAAAGGAGAGGGCUCUGAGCACUUGUUUAUUCAGCCGGGUUUUUGUUUAUACAUUGAGCUCAAGUUAAUGGAUUUUAGCUAAGGGAAAAUAGGGAUUUUGGUGCCUGUUUCAAACUGCCUGCACAGUCAGUUUUGGGUUUGGGAAACCCAUUCCUUCAGACAGUGCAGAGCUAAAUGGACUGACUCCGUAAAAGGCAGCUUCUCAAGUUCUUGUGUAAUUAGGGUUACAUUACAAUCUGGAUUGCCUUUUAGAUAUGGAAUCCACCUUCCUGCAAAUUUGUGCCGAAAAAGACUGAACUAUGGCAAUAACUGAGCAAAUGUUUGAGGGAGACCUUCUGGGGCACCCUCUUCUACUCUUCUACAGUGGUACCUCGGGUUACAUACGCUUCAGGUUACAGACUCCGCUAACCCAGAAAUAGUACCUCGGGUUAAGAACUUUGCUUCAGCAUGAGAACCGAAAUCUCGUGGCAGCAGCGGGAGGCCCCAUUAGCUAAAGUGGUACCUCAGGUUAAGAUCAGUUUCAGGUUAAGAACGGGCCUCCGGAACGAAUUAAGUUCUUGACCCGAGGUACCACUGUACUAUGGUUUUGCUGGGCUGAUUAUUAUUUCCUUUUGGUGCCAUUUCAAUGCUAUUGCCUGUUUUCAUGGUUUUGUGUCAAUUUGCAAGGACAUCCCUGUAUGGCAAAACUUCCCUUUCUCUCCCCCCACAUGCCCCCCAUCUGGUCUGGAGAGUGGGGGGACCCUAUACAGCAGCUCCUCAGGCUGAUUUCUGAAAAGCACUUGUUUGUUACAUUUAUAUUCCACCUCUCCCCCCCCCCCCCCGAUCUCAAGGCGUUGGACAUGGUUCUCCUCUUCCCCAUUUCAUCCUCCCGACAGCCCUUUGAGGCAGGUUAGGCUAAGAGAUGGUGACUGGCACAAGGUCGCCCAGUGAGCUUCAUGGCUGAGUGGGGAUUCAAACCCUGGUCUCCCAGGUCCUAGUCCAAUGCUCUAACCCAGGGGUCAGCAAACCUUUUCAGCAGGGGGCCGGUCCACUGUCCCUCAGACCUUGUGGGGGGCCAGACUAUAUUUUUUUAAAAUAAAUUAACAAAUUCCUAUGCCCCACAAAUAACCCAGAGAUGCAUUUUAAAUAAAAGCACACCUUCUACUCAUGUAAAAACACGCUGAUUCCCAGAUCUUCCAUGGGCCGGAUUUAGAAGGCGAUUGGGCCGGAUCCAGCCCCCAGGCCUUAGUUUGCCUACCCAUGCUCUAACCAUUACACCACACUUCUCUCUUGUGGCUUUAUGCAGAAUGGUGGAAAUGGGGCUUUAAGUGUUUGCUCCCUUCCUGAAGUGGUUUUAAUUGCUGUGAUUAAACGUUAUUUAAUGGUUGUUUGUGUUUUCUAGCUGUGGUUUGAGUGCUUCAUUGUGUUUUGUUAUUAUUAGGUUUAUUACCCACUAGGGCAGGUUAGAGCAAUAUGAAAUACAAUGUUAAAACCAUGUAAAUCAAUUACUGUUCUUGUCAAACUGUCUCUUUUCAUUGUAACAUUAUCGGGCAAUAGCCAACUAAGUUAUACUCAGAGUAGAUCCACUGAAAUCAAUAGACUUUAGUUUCUUUGCCCAUUUUAAUGUUAUUUUAGGUUCUAAUUUGGGAGAGACUACAAUCAAGUUUCUCUGUUAGAAGAAUGGGCUUGGAUAUCACUCAUUGUUUUAAUUUAUUCAUUAGCCACAUUGAGCUCAUUAAAGAAAGACAAUAUAUAUAAAUGCUUUAAAUCAAUUGAUAAUCCAAAAAUAUAAAAGGGUUUUAAACACAGGAGGAGAAGGAGAACAAAUUAUAGUUCAUUGGACAACGUGCCAUUUCUCCUUGACUGAUAAAUGAUCACAGAAUUAUCACAGAAAGGGGAUUGAUAAGAUUAUUGCUGACUUAUAAUGAUUGAAAAGCACUUUGAACAUUAAAACUGCUGUAGAAAUGAUUGAUAUUUGAAAUCUUCCAAGUAGUUAACUACAUUUUAUGCAUCAAAGGCUUGAGAGGUCCAUAUAAGCUACCAAUUUUAUUUUGCUUUGAGCAUUGGAACAUUAUUUAAAAACAAGAAACAAAUCCUCCUAGAUCUCUCUCUGUAAAUUAAAACAGUGAACACCAUAAUGUUAGCAUUGCGGAUAUAAUGGAAUUACUAUACAUUGACUUGACCCUUGCCAUUGUGCAGAAGCAAUGAUAAUUUGUGGCUAUAUUGAAAGCCAUUGAACACUCAUAUGUUCCUGAAGAAUUAAUGUCACUAUUCCACCCUAUAAAACAGAGUAAGAAAUUAGUGCCUGGAUUACUGCAUAUCUGCACAGAGCUACUAAAGCAGACUUUAUACUAAAUGUGCUGUUUCAGCCAAAGCUGUAGGGGCAUAUGUAGUUCUCUGUGCAGGGAUGCGGGUGGCGCUGUGGUCUAAACCACUGAGCCUCUUGGGCUUGCUGAUCAGAAGGUCAGCGGUUCAAAUCCCUGCAACGGGGUGAGCUCUUAUCACUUUGUCCCAGUUCCUGCCACCCUAGCAAUUCAAAAGCACGCCAGUGCAGGUAGAUAAAUAGGACCGCAGUGGCAGGAAGGUAAAUGUCGUUUCUGUGCUCUCUGGUUUCUAUCACGGUGUUCCAGUUUGCCUCCUCCAAGUGGAAGAAACCUGGGCAGUGCUGAAUGUCACAUCCAUUGCCAGAUGUGUCCUGCUGGAAAUAAAAAAAAGGGUUUCCCCCUUGGCCUGCCUUUAUAUCCACUCAGUUGCCAAGGGCUUUUGUGACAUCACAAGAAACUCACAGCCAAUUGCAACAGCUGGGGAGGCAUCAUCUUUAUUGCUUUGAACCUCACAAUGGUGGGUGGACCUGUCAGUGACUGUGUGCUUGUUUAUUUGGGACACGGGUGGCGCUGUGGUCUAAACCACUGAGCCUCUUGGGCUUGCCCAUCAGAAGGUCAGCAGUUCGAAUCCGCACAACGGGGUGAGCUCCCGUUGCUCUGUCCCAGCUCCUGCCACCCUAGCAGUUCGAAAGCACACCAGUACAAGUAGAUAAAUAGGUACCGCUAUGGCAGGAAGGUAAACAGCAUUUCCGUGCUCUCUGGUUUCCGUCACAGUGUCCCAUUGUGCCAGAAGCAGAUUAGUCCUGCUGGCCGCAUGACCCGGAAAGCUGUCUGCGGACAAACGCCGGCUCCCUCGCCCUGAAAGUGAGAUGAGUGCAGCAACCCCAUAGUCGCCUUUGACUGGACUUAACUGUCCAGGAGUCCUUUACCUUUUACCUUUGCACCUCCCAUUCCGCCACUUUGGGUAAAAUGGGAAGUGCCGCAUGGCCACCACCAUCUAGGCUGCUCACCCCACCCCACCCCACCAACAUCCGCAUUGGUUUUGGGCUCUGCAAAAUCUCACAUGAUUUCAGCAUGAUCUUGCCCCAAAUCAGCACAAAUGCUGCCAGUAGGGCAGGCAAGGAGCUGGCUGGGGCACCGCCUGAGGCAGAGUGGACCUGCCUCAUUCUGCCUAAUACAUGGGCCGGCUCCAUCUCUGUUACGUUUAGCAGAACAUCACAACAUUCUGCAUUUCUCCUCCCACACUCCGCAUCUUUGGCAGCCGCGUGGGAUGGAGAGUUAAAUGUGAAAUUUCCGAUAUCAUGAAAUGUAUUACGUUCUGUUCAGUUGUUACAAAGAGGGGGGUAGAAUUUAAAACACACAGCUGUUGUUUUUGACAGUUGGAUGUUGAGCAACGUAUCUGUUAUUAGUGCUUAGACGCCACUCUCUCAGACUAAAUUUUGUCAGCAAACAAAUAGAUAAAAAAUGACUAUACUUUUAGACUUAUUUAUGUAUUGCAUUAUGUACAGCCUUUCUCCUGAGGCACCCAAGGGGGCUAUAAUAUUGUAAAAAUAAAUAUUGAAAGAUAUAAAGUGUUACGCUGCUGAUGUGAACAUACCCUCAGUCUUGGAGGAAGAAAGCCAUAGCAUUUUUGCUAGGCUCAUUUAUCACCUGCAGAAGCUACCAAGCAAGCCCUGUAUAUGCAUAAUUGUAAUUGCAUUGCCUUGGACAAAACAGACUUCACAGUUUUUUCUUAAUGAUCAAAUGGUAAGCUGUUGAUUUCUUUUUAACUGAAACCUAGUGCCGAGCCAAUGGAUGUUUCUGUCUCUUUUCAGUUAUGAAGGAGAUUCUUUCAGAACUGGGAAUCCAGGGAGUAAGCAGCAGGUAUUGUGUCUGUCAUUCUUCUUUUCCUCUUAUACGUUCUCAGAGGGAAAGGGGCUGGAAACACCAAUUAUUCUUGUAAUAAUGGUAGUUUGUAUGUAAGGAAAUAGUAAGGAAAACCUCUCCCAUAUAUCUGUGUGUGUGUGUGUGUGUGUGUGUGUGUGUGUACACACACACACAUAUACAUACAUAUAUAUAUACAUACACACAGUGUGUGUGUGUGUGUAUAUAUAUAUAUAUAUAGUUUUUCAAAUUAAAGUUUUAUAAUUACAUAUCCAACAUACAACAUAAAAACAAGAUUCCAAGGAAUCUCCUGGAUUUCCCUCCUCCCCUUUGUAGGUCCUAUUGUUAGCCAUUUCCUCCUGCAUCUUUUUUGAUAAUCCAAAUCUUUUACCUCUCCACCGUGUCCAAAAUUCACCAAUUAUUCCAAACCUACUAACAAUUUUAACUGUUUACAAUGGUUUUUAAGAUAAAUUAUAAAUUUUCCCCAUUCCUUACUAACAUCUUGGUCUUCCUGAUUUCUGAUCCUUCCGGUCAUUUUUGCCCUUUCGUCAUAAUCCAUCAACUUAAUCUGCCAUUCUUCUCUCCCAUAUAUAUCAACACAAUGAGUUUGGGAUUGUUCCCUCAGCUUUUAGGCUGCAACCUAUAUCCACUUCCCUGUGACUGAGCCCCAUUGAACUCAGUGGGACUCAGUGGGAGCAGACAUGUAUAGAGUUGACUUGUUAGGCCACAUGCUUAUACAGCAGAAGUUAGGACUCCAACCACUAAUGGCCCCAGCCAACAAGGCCACUGGUCAGGGAUAAUCAGAGUUGCAGCUCAGUCUGUAUAACGUUUACUGCAUGUGUAACUUGUUAAGAUAGAGUUGUACAUUUAUCCACUCCAUGUUUUCAGUAUCUCCAGGUUUUGUCUUGCACAUGGCACCUUAGUAUGUUAGUAAAUUUGGUUUUAUACUUAUAAGCCAGUUUGUGGUGUUGUUGUUUUGUUGUAUUAUUAUUACUGUCACCACAUUUGAUACUUUGUGUGUAUACUUACUAGUCACCAUAUAUGCCAUUUUUCAGUUUUAAAAAGCAUUACAGUGGUACCUCGGGUUACAUACGCUUCAGGUUACAUAUGCUUCAGGUUACAGACUCCGCUAACCCAGAAAUAAUACCUCAGGUUAAGAACUUCGCUUCAGGAUGAGAACAGAAAUCGCUCGGCGUGGGCACGGCGGCAGCAGGAGGCCCCAUUAGCUAAAGUGGUGCUUCAGGUUAAGAACAGUUUCAGGUUAAGAACGAACCUCUGGAACAAAUUAAGUACGUAACCAGAGGUACCACUGUAUGGGACAGCGCACUGCAUACAGUGGUGCCUCGCAAGACGAAAUUAAUCCGUUCCGCAAGAGUCUUCGUCUAGCGGUUUUUUCGUCUUGCGAAGCAAGCCCAUUGACGGAUUAGCGCUAUUAGCGCUAUCAGCUGUUUAGCGGCUAUUAAAGGCUUAAAGGCUUAGGGGAUUAGCUGCUAAAAGGCUAUUAAAGGCUAUUAAAGGCUUAGCAGAUUAGAUAAAGGGGGGGAAAAGCGAAAAAAAAAACUCAAGACUCGCAAGACAUUUUCGUCUUGCGAAGCAAGCCCAUAGGGGAAUUCGUCCUGCGAAGCAACUUCAAAACGGAAAACCCUUUCGUCUAGCGGUUUUUCCGUCUUGCGAGGCAUUCGUCUUGCGGGGCACCACUGUAAAUCUAAAACGAGCUAACAAAAAGCGGAAUAAAGGAAAAUCCAACCAUGAGAAAAACAUGGUAAAAAAAGAAGCAAAUCAUCAUACAGUAAUGUUAAAAAGAAAUAUGGACUAUGGAAACUUGAUGAUACAGAAAGGCAAACCAUAAGCUAUAAACACAUCACUGCCUUAAUGCAGUCUUAUUCUUCAUAAAUUCUAUUAAAACCUAUGGCACAUAAAUUCAAGAAAAUGAGCUUGAAAUUGGCAUGCCAGAAUCCAGCGCUCAGAUGUUGCUUUUUGCACGUGCAACAAUAGAAUUGUUACCACGGGCGAAGAAAAUGUUUUCUUCUUUCUCAGUGGUUCCAUACGAACAUGGUCAGGUUAUCUGCACAGUUUCCAAAUGACGUGAGAUAUCUGGUUGCUCACAUACAACACCCCCCUGUGCCUAUAAAUAUCUAGCUGACUUCCUUUUUACAUAAUGGGAUGUUGAUGAAAUAAAUUGCUUGAAGACAUCAAAGGAAGGGAUGGGUCUCUGACUUUUUUCAAAGAGGCUUGCUGUGGAUGGGGAGAGAAGAGGGAGUGAUUAAGGAUUCAAGGACAAGACCGACAAAAACCUCAAUUCAGGUCCUGCCACUCUCAAAAUGUUCGUCAUUUCAGCUAUUCCUAGUAUAUAUUGUCACACACACACACACACACCAGUCUCCAACGUGGGAUCCCAGGGAGUUGGAGGCACUUACCCAGGGUCUGUGUUUCCUUUUGGGAAAGAUGAGGCACAGCGGAGAAUGUGGUGUCUUUAUGAUAUAUGGUUUAUUUACAAAUCUAUAUAGCCUGAGCCUUGGAUGGCGGUAUCAACAGCAGUCACACUCCAAGAGGUUCUGCCCUCCCCCCCAUAAGCUCAGCAUUGGAUUCAUACAGCCCCCAGCCAUAGCCAUCUGAGUCUCUCUCUACUAGACCAUGGAUAGGCAAACUAAGACCCGGGGACUGGAUCCGGCCCAAUCGCCUUCUAAAUCCGGCCCGCGGACGGUCCAGGAAUCAGCAUGUUUUUACACGAGUAGAAUGUGUCCUUUUAUUUAAAAUGCAUCUCUGGGUUAUUUGUGGGGCAUAGGAAUUUGUUGAUUUUUUUCCCCUUCAAAAUAUAGUCUGGCCCCCCACAAGGUCUGAGGGACAGUGGACCGGCCCCCUGCUGAAAAAGUUUGCUGACCCCUGGUCUAGACCACUACUUCCUUCUCUGUUGCUUAACUCCUAACACUGACCUGUUCUAAACACAUGGCUUCCCUUUAUCUGUACCCCACCUAUUUGCAAGCUCACACACUGAAUUCCUUUCAUGCUUUGUGUUCUAAUGGCUCAUUACCCUGCAGGCUGCCACUUCAUGCAGUAGCACAGCCUGAGAAGGGUUGGCAUAUUUUGAAGCGCCAAAAAGGGGAUGCUAGGACGACUCUCAUUUUAAAUACCCCUGCUAUAUGCAGGCUAUAGAAGUUGAAAUACCGUAUUUUUCACCCCAUAGGGCGCACCUAGUUUGGGGGGGGGGAUAAAGAAAAAAAUAUAUUUCUCCCCCCAGGUGCGGGGCUGGGGCGGGGGAAGCCCGAGCUUCCCCCGACCCCAGAACAGGCUGCUAUCCGCUCAGCAUGCCCCAGGCUUUGGGAUGCAGGCAGCUCUCCGCAAGCCUAGGGAGCCCGGCGGGAACUCCCGCGGGCUCGCAAGGCUUGCAGAUAGCUUCCUGAAGCCUGGAGAGUGAGAGGGGUCGGUGCGCACCAACCCCUCUCGCUCUCCAGGCUUCAGCAAAAGCCUGCAUUCGCCCCAUAGGACGCACACACAUUUCCCCUUCAUUUUUGGAGGGGAAAAAGUGUGUCCUAUAGGGCGAAAAAUGCGGUAUAUUGCCAAAGGGGGCAGGAGAGGAGAAGAGCAAAGCAAGUCUUCAACCACAAGUUCUGUCUAUGUCUCAUCCAAAAAGUACAGCCAGAAACGUUUUGGCAAUUUUUUAAAAAAAUCCACCCAGCAGAAUUUUUAUCCCUGAAGAAGAGGACAUGUCCUGGAAAAAGAGGACACAUGGCAACUAAACCUGGCUUAGUUCUUAACACAUUUUAAUUUCCUAGGAUUUGGAAGUGUCUCUUUUUUCUUAUUCUUUUUUAGUGGUGAAAAGAAAAGAAAAAGAGAGAAGUGAAUGAAAAUGAGAAGAAAAGAAAAGAAAAAUGCUUAAUUACAUCUCUAUACAUUAGUAUACACAUGUAUAUAAUUUUAUUAUCCUAGUAAAAAUUUCUUUAUCAAUAACCUAUAUUCUUUAUAAAGUCAUUCCAAUUAUCUUUAUAUUUAUCCAAAGAAAGUCUGCGUUUGUAAGCGGUCUGUUCACAUGUUGCUACUAUUGUCAUGUUGUCAAGUCAUUCAUUAAGGGGAAUCAUAUCUCUGGUCUUCCAGUUCAUCAGUAUCCAUCUCUUAGCCACCAUUAGGGCAUGUAAAAUCCAGUUUUGCUGUCCCGUUAUCACUUUCCAUAAAAUAGGUAUAUAGUUCAAAAGAAUAUUCACCUCUGAAAAUCUUAAUUUUUUUCAUAGCAUCUUAUCUAUAUAGUAUGUGUCUAAUACAUAUAUUCAUAAACAGGUCUAACAACCAGUUUUUAACACUCCAACCUUAAUUAAAUUCUAACACUAGCUUAAUCUGGAAUUUAGGGUGUCUUGUAUCCACAGAUUCAUAACAAUAUAGAUGAGAGACACGUUCAGGAACAGUUUUAAAUCCCUUAAGCAAUUAGCUUUCCAAAACCUUAUCUCCAAUUACGUGCAUAUUUUAUGUGCAAAGCGGGUGAAAUACCCUCUCUGCCUCUCCCUGUCUCAUUAUGAUCGUGUGAAAUUAGUAUAAUCCUAAAAUCAAUCUUUAAAAAACCCCUCGUGUUUGAAUGUGCAGGUUUACUCCCACCAAAAUCCCCAAAGUGAAAUACGAAUUGACAGAAUCUCCUUUGCUAACUGGAUCUGUUUCUCCGCCGCCUCCUGUUCUGGUAAGUGCCUUAUUUCCAUUUUGCCUGAUCAAGAAAUAUUUACAAUUUGUCAGUGCUGGACAUAGGAACAUGUGAGAGGCUUCUUUGCCUUGCAGCUGAGCGCCUGUGGAUUCGCAGGAUAUGUUUAACACUGUGACAUUACACCUUAGGUGUGCUUCAAGUAUCUGAUGGGAUCCUUGUGUGUAUCUGCCAACUCACCCACCUCCCAGCAAAGAACGAGAUCUUCUGCAAGAGCCGUCUUUCCCAUACGGCUUAGUGGUGCAUUGCGCCAGGGCGCCGGCCUUUCAGGGGUGCCCCAACAAGUGGGGGAGCUGCGCGGCUUUGCCGGCAGCCUCCCCUUUCCCUGCACACCCGCCAGCUGUGCCCUGUCAACCAUAUGGCGGGCGCGGGCGCAGCUUCCCUCCCAAGCCUCUGCAGGGAUCACUCUCCUGCAGCGGCAUGGGGGAGAGUUGCACACACACACACACACACACACACACACCCAUGGCUGGCAGUGCGCAGCUUCACACACACACCCCACUAUCCAUGCUAAUUUUGGGGCACUGAAUGGAUAUUUGCACCCCAGGGUGCAAAAGGUGCUACUCUAAGUGUGCCUUGAGUGAGGUCUGACCCAAGAACAAGCACACAAACCAAGUUUUGGAAAAGGAAAAGUUCAUUUAUUGAAACUGAAGAAUAAAAGGAGUGUCUCCACCCACAUCAUUCAGCCCGGACACUGAGGUCCAGCUCCGAGGGCCUUCUGGCAGUUCCCUCACUGUGAGAAGUGAAGCUACAGGGAACCAGGCAGAGGGCCUUCUCAGUGGUGGCACCCGCCCUGUGGAAUGCCCUCCCAUCAGAUGUCAAGGAGAUAAACAACUAUCUGACUUUUAUAAGACAUCUGAAGACAGCCCUGUUUAGGGAAGCUUUUAAUGCUUGAUCUUUUACAGUGGUACCUCGGUUUAAGAACAGCCCUGUUUACGAACGAUUCGAUUUACGAACUCCACAAAACUGGAAGUAGUGUCCCGCUUUGCGAACUUUACCUCAGUCUUAGAAUGGAAUCUGAACAGUGGAAGGGCACUGGCGGCAGGAGGCCUCAUUAGGGAAAGCGCGCCUUGGUUUAAGAACGAUUUUGGUAUAAGAACAGACUUCUGGAAUGGAUUAAGUUCGCAAACCGAGAUACUACUGUACUAUGUUUUUAUAGCCGCCCAGAGUGGCUGGGGCAGCCCAGCCAGAUGGGCAGGGUAUAAAUAAUAAAAUUAAUAUUGUUGUUAUCAAAAGCAUAUAAAGAACAGUGCAGUUUUAGGACUAAUUUAAGUGUGGCAACAUGGGCAUCUACAGUGGUACCUCGGGUUACAUACGCUUCAGGUUACAGACUCCGCUAACCCAGAAAUAGUACCUCAGUUAAGAACUUUGCUUCAGGAUGAGAUCAGAAACCGUGCUCUGGUGGCACGGCAGCAGCAGGAGGCCCCAUUAGCUAAAGUGGUGCUUCAGAUAAAGAACAGUUUCAGGUUAAGAACGGACCUCCGGAACGAAUUAAGUACGUAACCAGAGGUACCACUGUAAUUGCAAUUGUAGAUGCAUUUGAUUAUAGUCCUGACACAUUGAUAACUCUUAAGCAAAACAAUUUAAGAUAUUCCAUGCUAGGAGAAGGAAAAUGGCGAGGGUUGGAACUAUGGCGGACAUUCAUACAAAUUUGUAGAAAUCGGCCGGGAUUGCCAAGUUAGACCUUUUUUCUGGCUCCAACUGAGCCACUACUUGUCAGCAGAAGGAUAAAAAUGUCGGGGGGAAGCCUCUUAAUCAGAAUCAGGAGUGGGGUGCCUUAGGCCUGCAAGGUCUCUCGCUCUUGCUCUCCGCUCUGAACCCGAGGCAUCAAAACCCUUCUGCAAAGCUUCAUGGCCUAAAAUGAAAUGAAAGCUGUCUUUGCGAGGGCAGAGCGAAAGUGACACGGCGGAGCUAAAAGCGGCCAAUAAACAUUUUUAAAAAAACAAACACGCAACUGCCUAAAUGUGCUUUUCCCUCCCGUAGUUGUAUUAUAUGAGGGAGGGCUGUUAGAGAGAUCCAAAUCAAAGGUGACCCAUAGUGAGAGCGUUCCCUUACUCUCCUCAGAAAAUGGUAAGGGGGCAUAUCGUAUGUUUCUGACUCAUCUUCCCUGCCACUGUCGCCACCCCAGGCAGUUGUGCGGCAUGGCUUCAGCUUUUCUGAACACCUUUUUGAUACACAACCCUUGAGCCUUGCCAUAUAAAAUUUAUAAUUGGGAGAAAAUCACUCCUAGCCAGGGGGAGCGAUUUGCCCACAGGGCUAGAUAAGAAUUCUUCCAAGACCGGUAUACCCCCCAACAUUUCUUCAAUGAAAAUAGGGGCGUAUUAUAAUUAUAAUUAUAAUUAUAAUUAUUAUUAUUAUUAUUAUUCCCUGCCCAUCUGACUGUGUUGCCCCAGCCACUCUGGGUGGCCUACAACACAUAUAAAAACAACAUUAAAAAUUUAAAAAACUUCCCUACACCUGGCUGCCUUCAGAUGUCUUCUACAUAGUUACUUAUCUCCUGGGCUCCAGGGUUGCGUGUCGAGGUCCCCAGGUCCACCCCAAUAACUCACACAUCACACAGAAGUUUUUGUUUAAGAUUUCUGGCAUAAUUUUGGCCACAACUUUAUUAAAAUACAAAUUUGUGAGUGGUUGCGUAGGCAUUGGUUGCGACUAUCUGCCCCCACCAUGGGGGACAGACUGACAUUCCGCACGAUGCGAAAGUCAGAAUGGGGGAAUACACUUGGGGGUUACGCAGAGCAGGGAACCUGCCAUCAGUCCUCCCCAAAUGCAACCAGGAGCUCAUUGCUAUGGCCCGAGCCCCCUUGACAGAGUGGACAAGCAAUAGUUAGCCCGUGAUUCCAUUAACGGAAUCCCUUGCAGCAGCAGCGUUAGAGGGGCAGGCACAGCCAAUCCAUGCCCCUCAACCAACCAAACCAUAAACCAAUGCCUAACCGCGAACCUUACAAGUUGUGACGAUUUGCUACGCAGUAGGCAAAAACCAAAUGGCCCCAGCCAAUCAGCCAGAUGGACAAAAUUCCUACCAGGCCCCGCUCCAAAGCAGACGACCCCAUGACAGGCAUAGCAAGGUCAAAGCGAACAACCCUAUUCUAGGGAGGGAGGGACGGGCAAUCCGAUGCACGGGCGAAAAGAGGAAGCCCUAGCCUCGUGCAAGGAGUUUUACUAUUUCUGGCUGUCAAUAAAUGGCAACAUUAACUUCUUCCCAACAACAAGGGAAGCCCCAAUCGCAUCAGUGGCCAACGAUCAAUUAGCCCGCCCCCCCAACUUUGGAGUGUCCUGGCGGCCCCCACUGCAAUACGUGCUCUCCAUGAAGGAGAACACGCUUUGCUUAACUCCAUACCCUCCAAUAUUUCUCCAAUGAAAAUGGGGACGUCCUGAGAAAAAGCGGAAUAUCCCGGGAUCAAAACAGAAACUGGGACUGUCCCUGGAAAAUAGGGGCACCUGGAAGGUAUGGACCUGUUUCAAGGAUGCAUCCGGUGGUUUGCCACUGUUGUUGCCUGGCUGUUCCCCUGCAUUUAAAGCCAAGGUAUCUCUGUCAUGUCAUGGGGUAUUCUGUGGAGACAAUUAGGUCAGAGCAGGAGAAAAUGCAAAAGGGGGAUAUAUAUAUAUAUUGCUAGGUAUGCCAUGACUUAUGCCAGGCCCCAGUCCACUGAGAUGAACCAGGUUCUGGUGCCAUAGGUCAUCCUCGCAGGGGCAUCGGUGAAAAAUAAAACAAAGGUAAAGUGUGCUGAACGUCUUGAGCAUUCUUCCUUUAGUGCCGUAAGCCUUACGUUAAUUUAAAAAGAAUGACUUCCUGCCAGAUGGAUUUGACAUAUGUGUCUAGGAUUUCUGCUUGGUUGGUUUUUGGAAGUUUUUUUUCCAUCAGAAAGAAAGAAAGAAAGAAAGAAAGAAAGAAAGAAAGAAGCAAUGUUUUUCCUAGGGAGUAGUAAGGAAAGACUACUAUUUCAUACCCUCCAACACUUCUCCAAUUAAAACCGGGACGUCCAAUUCCACAAUGAUAAUUUUACUAUUUAUACCCCACACAUCUGACUGGGCUGCCCCAGCCACUCUGGGCGGCUUCCAACAUAUAUAAAAACAUAAUAAAACAUUGAACAUUUUUUUAAGAAAACCAAGCACUGCCUUAUACAGGGCUGUCUUCAGAUGGCUCAGGGGUCAGAUAACUCCAUACCUGCCAACGUUUAUCUGAUGAAAAUAGAGAUGUCCGCGGGUGGCGCUGUGGGUUAAACCACAGAGCCUAGUGCUUGCCGAUCAGAAGGUCGGCGGUUCGAAUCUCCGUGACGGGGUGAACUCCCGUUGCUCGGUCCCUGCUCCUGCCAACCUAGCAGUUCGAAAGCACGUCAAAGUGCAAGUAGAUAAAUAGGUACCACUCCGGUGGGAAGGUAAACGGUGUUUCUGUGCGCUGCUCUGGUUUGCCAGAAGCGGCUUAGUCAUGCUGGCCACAUGACCCGGAAGCUGUACACCGGCUCCCUCGGCCAAUAAAGAAAGAUGAGCGCCAUGACUGGACCUAAUGGUCAGGGGUCCCUUUACCUUUAAGGAAAAGUAAGACAUUCCAGGUUCAAAUCAGAAACCGGGAUGGCUUCUGUAAAUCUGGGACUGUCCCUGGUGGGUCUGCUAUUUCCCCUACUGAGACAGGUAAUAUUUCACAAGCUCGUGGUUACUGCAUCACUUCCUGACCCCCUUGGCAACCUGUGCUAUUGGGCACCAAGAGAUAUCCUGCCUCAAGAAGUAGAUUUUGGGCUCCCAUGAAAAAUGAUUAUAUUUUUACCCCACCUGAUUUGGAUUUGUGCCUCCGGACCAAAAUAGCCCAGGCUGUCUCUGACCCACAGAGCCCCAUCAUGGUAAUUUGUUGGCGAUGUGGCUGAUUCCUGGCAUUGGGCAGCAACAGCAAGGAGAGACAUAGCUUUCUUUCCCACACCCGCAGCCCAGCUUCCCGCCCUUUGGAUUAAAUGCUAAAUUUGGAAGUGUGGAAACUGCCCCUUGAAAAAGAAGCAAAGGUGGCAGUUUUAUUAAGGGAGGAAAAACCCUCUAGAACCCCAGUACUAAUCAAGAUGUUAGAAAAACACAGCAGGCUUUCAAGUUCUCUAGAACUUCACCAGGCAAGAUGUCACACGGGGUAGUGUGCAAGGGGGAAACAAGACAUUUUUCAAAAGCUAGGUUAGUGCUGUAGCCAAGAGAUCGACUUGUAGACUUAAUUCGAUUUUCAAAAUUGAAAAAUUGAAUUAUCUUUUGCUCCUGUGAGCUCUCCACGUUAACAUGGGGUGCAUGAUACAGGUGAAAGCCCAUAUCUAACUCAGGGUGGAUCUACACACAGGAAGAAAAUUCUAUAAAUAAGUCAGAAUUUAAAUCAUUAUGAGAAAAGGGGGGGAAAUGCUAUGUAAAAUGGCAAAAAAAAAAUUCUUUACUCUUCAGCACCAUCUGGUGUUGCAUGUUUAUAACACAUUCAGAGUGCUGCUAUUUGACUAGCUGAGUCCGAAAUGUUAUAUUGUUGUAAACUGUCCUGCAGUCAGUUUUGAUUAAGGGUGGUGUUUGCAAAUUUUAAACAAAUGGAUCCAAGGGCAUAGUUGAUUUCUUGCACACAUAUUGGGGUGCUGAGAUAUUCCUUGAGAUGCUUUGCCGCUGCUAAAUUCUGCAGGCUGCUGUUGUGUAAGUACUGAUUCCCAUGCACAGGUGCAACUGAAGCAGUUUUGCCUACAUCCCUGCCCCAGAGGACCAAACAGCAGGCUUAAAAUUUAACAAAUAUAAAUAAAUGAACCCUUUUUCUAUCGCAGCUGUGUUUGCCAUUCUUGUUGUGUAAGGGAGCCCUUAGAAACCCUUCAGGUCUCCUUUUUGUACUUCUUCCAGCACUGCAAGAGAAAGUCUUUGCCUCUCUACGAUCUACAUACCGUAUUUUUCGCUCUAUAACACGCACCCAACCAUAACACACACGUAGUUUUUAGAGGAGGAAAAUCCGUAGGCAUGCCACCCAUAGGCAUUCCCUCCAUAACACGCACAGACAUUUCCCCUUACUUUUUAGGAGGAAAAAAGUGAGUGUUAUGGUGCAAAAAAUACGGUAUAUUGUCUCCUGCAGAUGUGAUUUGAAAAGCAUUGCUCAGAUGCUAUUUCACAUAAACUAUUUGCUGGAGGGACCCAUUUAAACGAUCCUUGAAUCAUUUGCUUAUAUACAUUUCCCGGCUUGCCCCAUUAUCACCAUUGCUUAGCAGAUUAAUUACUCUGUACUUAAUUUGCUUAGCAAUUAAACCACCAAUUAAAUAUUUGUCUACAUAACAUACUCCUUGGCAAAUGAAUUAAUUAGUAGUGAACAUUGAGAAAUGACUUGUUAAGCAGGAGGGCAUUGUGUUUAAAAGAAUAGGUUUGGUUACAUUGUGCUACGACUUAUUAAGAAUAGCUUUAUUAAUUAAAUAAAUGCCGAGGAUUUGCACUAAUCCCUUUAGGUGCUGGAACAUAAGAUAGAAUAAUCAAAUACAAAAUCAGAGGGAGAUCUCCUAAUACGUUGUUGUAGAGGGGGUUCGACAGUAGGGUGAAUGAGAGAACAAGAUUAUGGACCACUUUAAUUCUGGAUCAAUAUUGUAACAACAAUAUUCAUCUCUCCCUUUUCACUGCCACCAAGGAGGAAAUAAGUGUGCCGAAAGGGGGACUGCGCUAUGAGGGGGAGAAAUGUGACUCUUAACACUGAAAGCCUGCUGUCUCUCAUAGUAGAGAAGUUAAUUUUUAGAAAAGAGGCAGCGGGGUGUGUGUGUGUUAAUCCUUAUUUAUAGUAGCUCAUAUUAACUAAUACUUAAUGGCUUUCCACUCAGACACCUCAGCUGCAGGAUUUACAUUCAGUGCGUAACCAAGCAAUGGACAUGAUUACAAAGGCCUUUACUUUGCUGGACUCCGAGUUUCAGAAGCUCAGCACGUAGGUAUUGUUUGGCAUCAAUGGAAAUGUUGUUUCUUCUUCUUCUGGAUCCUUCAUUCUCUUUCUUAUUUUUUUAUUGGUUUUUGUCUUUAACAAUUAUCAUCACAAAUCCCCAGACUUACCUCCACCCCUCAGUGGUUUCCCUCGUUAUUCUUUUCCAACUGCAUCGUCUAUGGUUCUCCAUAUUUACUUAAUACUCCAAUCUCACCAUAGUUCUCCUUACAUUGCAAGUGUGUGUGUUUUUUUUUAAUAUAUAAUCCCACCAUUGUUUUUAAUUGUUUAUAGUGUUCUUUUAAGUAACAUAUAAAUUUUCCCCAUUCUUUAUUAAAUUGAUCAUCUUGAUUUCUGAUCUUCCCAGUUAUUUUCGCCAUUUCGGCAUAGUCCAUCAUUUUUACCAGCGAUUCUUCUCUUGUGGGUACUUUGUCUUCCUUCCAUCUUUGGGCAAAUAACAUCCAUGCAGCUGUCGUAGCAUACAUGAACAGUCUUUUCAGCUCCUUUUCUGUAUUUCUGGACCUAGAAUUCCUAGUAAAAUAGCUUCUGGUUUUUUCACAAAAGUAAUUUUAAACAUUUUUUUAACACAUUAUAAAUCAUUUCCCAAUAUGCUUUUGUCAUCUUGCAUGUCCACCACAUGUGGUAGAAUGUGCCUUCUUUCUCUUUACACUUAAUGGAAAUGUUGUUGCAUCUAAUGCACGGUUUCCCAGACUUGGGUCUUCAGCUGUUUUUGGACUACAGUUCCCAUCAUCCUGGCCACUGGUCCUGCUAGCUUGGGACGAUAGGAGUUGUAGUCCAAAAACAACUGGAGACCCAGGUUUGGUCUCCAGUGAAGGACAACAGUCGAUGUCUUUAGAUGAUUGAAAUCAGCAUAUGUUUGACAAUAAGUUAUAGAAAGUUUAUUGCUGUGAAAAUGCCGGAUGAUGGUUCUCAUUACUUUAAGGCGUGGGGAAACCUCACUGCAAAUUUAAUUUGGAUUUCCCCAAUGUGGUAAGGUGGGGGAGGGGAGAAUCCAAUAUAAAAUCACAUGUUACCCAACCUUGUGGGGUGUCAUUUUGCGGGGUACAAUCUAUCACCACACUACACCCUGUAUACAUUGGUGAGCUCCUCGUUGGUGGGACCGGGCGCAACACACACGUAUUCCCCUGCCCCAGUUUUUAAUCCACUGUUUCGUGGAAGUUUGGUAUAUCAGAAAGCUUGUAUCUUAAAUAUUAUACAAAGUGAUUGGCCUUGGCAUAGGUCAACAAAAACCUGAGGACAUGCCCACAGUGGAUCUCAGGUUUCCAGAUCUCAGGGAGAGUGGGGAAGUACUAAUUGAGGAGAGGGGACAAGACAGAGUGUGAAUAGAUUCCAUCAAUACAUCCCACUAGUGUGGACAGGAAACACUGACAAGAGUUCAGCUGAGAACUCAGGUGUUAUAAGAAGAAAAAACCUGCUCCUUUCCCCUUAUGGGGGUUCCAAGAGCCCGUAUAGAGUCCUUAAGUGGGUUCCCUAUCGGUAGGAGAAAAUAACAGAGGCCAACCAGAGAAUAUUGAGAAGCAAAGUAGCUAGUAAACCUGAUCUUUAUUAACUGUUGCAACAGGGUCCUCACUCACCACAUGCAGAAGGAAGGAGGAACCCAGAACAAUGGUGCACAAGCCCUUAUAUAGACUUUUGAAACUGCCCACCCUGUAGCCCAAGACCAACCCCCGAAACAUCAUACAUACAUCACAGAGGGAGGUGGUCUCCAGCAGAAAUACAUCACAGGAAGUGGUCUCCAGCAGAAAUCGUGUUUGCCAGGAUACAUGAUAAUGGUCACUGAGUGCUUUACCUGGGCAGCCUGGCCACUCUUUUGUGAUGGUAAAUAGUUUUAGUUCCUGAAUCCAGGUCACAUGCUCACCCUAUUCAUACACAAAUACGCCCUUAAGACAGGUAAGCAAAAGACAAUGUAGAGGCUUUCACCAUUUGCUUCCUCCUUGCAGAGAAAUAUUUGAGGUCAAUUUGGGAGAGUCAAAAUGGUUCAGGAUUGCUCUCUUGUACUAUUUCAGACAUGUGGUUUAUAUACUUAUGUAUGUGUUUGCUUUGUACAUCAUUUUAUAUUUGGGACCUUAGAAUUUUUGCAACACAGGUUUUGUCCAAAACUGAGUUCACCUCAGGUUUGGACAAAAGCGCACAUAAUAAAAUUUGCACUCUAGUAUGUACACAGCUUGAUGCUGGUGGCACUGUGGGUUAAACCACAGACGGUUCGAAUCCCUGCAACUGGGUGAGCUCCCGUUGCUCAGUCCCUGCUCCUGCCAACCUAGCAGUUCAAAAGCACAUCAAAGUGCAAGUAGAUAAAUAGGUACCGCUCUGGCAGGAAGGUAAACGGCGUUUCCGUGCGCUGCUCUGGUUCGCCAGAAGAGGCUUAGUCAUGCUGGCCACAUGACCUGGAAGCUGCACACCGGCUCCCUCGGCCAAUAAAGCAAGAUGAGCGCCGCAACCCCAGAGUCGGCCACGACUGGACCUAAUGGUCAGGGGUCCCUUUACCUUUAUGUACGCAGCUUGAGAGGCCUAUCCUGGAAGGAGUACACAUUCUGCUUUCCUCUGCAUCUAGCGUGCUCCCACUGCUGGCUUGUGAAGCUGUAUACUCAGACUUUAGCCACAAUCCACAUGUGUUCCUGUGGUUUCUUGAAAAAUACUGCAUUUUGAUCUGUCCCCUGAAAAACCUCCAGAUUAGAUCCAAUUUGAAAAUUUAAAUGGGGGUUGGGUUGUGCAUUUGUUUGUUUGUUAAAAUAAAAAAUAAAAUAAACUGGGGGAGAGAGAAAAUGUAAGCACAUGAAGACACCCAUGCCCCCUUUGUGCCUCCCCGUGUGGACAAACCGUGGUUAACUUGGAAACGCAUCAGGCUUUGCUGAAGUCUACAAUGACAUACAAAUGGGAUUUGAUACACAGCAGGGGUGCUGGUGGAAAUAGCUCCCUGGUUUCUAGCCCAAAGUCUCCUCUUAGCAAACAGACAGGCUUGCCAAAGGAAAUGCAGAAAGCGCAGAGCCACUUUCCAGCUCUCCGAAACACCAAGCCGGCAUGCCACCCGGGAAGGCGCAGUUGGAGGAGGGAUAAAAAUAUCCGUGGAGGAAAACCAACGCAAGCUGAAAAGUUGUAUGAAAAAAACCAGGAGAGAAAAAGUCAGCCCCCAGCCAAACUAAGUUCCACUUCUUUAUAAGCUUCCCUAAUAUAAAACCCAUCUCAUUUCAACUCAUAGGCUACAUUCUGGUUACACCCCUGAAUAACGUUACUCCUCAUUAAAAAUUAAAGUAAAGGUAAAGGGACCCCUGACCAUUAGGUCCAGUCGUGACUGACUCUGGGGUUGCGGCGCUCAUCUCGCUUUAUUGGCUGAGGGAGCCGGUGUACAGCUUCCGGAUCAUGUGGCCAGCAUGACUAAGCGGCUUCUGGCAAACCAGAGCAGCGCACAGAAAUGCCGUUUACCUUCCUGCUGGAACUGUAUCUAUUUAUCUACUUGCACUUGACGUGCUUUCGAACUGCUAGGUUGGCAGGAGCAGGGACUGAGCAACGGGAGCUCACCCCGUCACAGGGAUUCGAACCGCCGACCUUCUGAUUGGCAAGUCCUAGGCUCUGGUUUAACCCACAGCGCCACCCGCGUCCCCACAUUAAAAAUUAGUCCUCUCUUAAUUAAGGACUUAUACCAAGAUUCUAGGUCUUCUUCGUUCCCCUUCCUUUAAUUCUGUCCCUGAAUCUUGUCAAAACUACGUCAUACUUCCCACCCAAGACAGAAAAAAAGAACAUUGCAAGCAUUUGUCUCUCUCUGAAAGAGAGACUUUACUCCCUGACACACUUUUCUCAAACUAAUUGCCCAGACCAAAAGCUUCUGUCUCUAAAUGGGGGAUGGGAGGAGUUGUCUGAGAGAAACACAAUAUUUCUUUUUAGCAAACAGGUGGUGCCAACCUCACUAAAAUAAUUCACAGAUGAAUGAAACUCAGCUUUCUACUCCCCCGUGCCCUGAAAUUAAAUCUUCUGGACCUAUAUUAGCGUAACAUUUAACUAUGAUUUACUUAAAAGUGAUCUAUGGAUUUCUACCUUUGAGUUUAACAUAAAAGCACACAUUUGAGUAAUUACCAGUCAAUAGGCCUUGACCUUGACGUGUCCAGUUCAUAUUUUUAGAUCCCUGCCCUUUCAUCCUAUCUUCUGUAGCACCUACCCUGUGAAACGCCCUCCCACCAGAUGUCAAAGAGAACAACGACUACCAGACUUUUAGAAGACAUCUGAAGGCAGCCCUGUUUAGGGAAGCUUUUAAUGUUUGAUGCAUUACGGUAUUUUAAUAUUUUGUUGGAAACCAGAUGGGUGGCGUAUAAAUAAUAUAUUAUUAUUAUUAUUAUUAUUAUUAUUAUUAUUAGGGUGCUUUUCCAUGAACUACUGCUUGCCAGUUUAACCAAACAGAAGCAUAAUUCUUAAUCCUGAGCAGGAAACUUGUAAAAUGGAUAUAAUAAUAAUUAUUAUUAUUUAUUAUUUGUACCCCGCCCAUCUGGCUGGGUUUCCCCAGCCACUCUGGGCGGCUUCCAACAAAGAUGAAAAAUACACUAAAAUGUCACAUAUUAAAAACUGAAGGGCUGCCUUCAGAUGUCUUCUGAAUGUCAGGUAGUUGUUUAUCGCUUUGACAUCUGAUGGGAGGGCGUUCCACAGGGCGGGCACCACUACCGAGAAGGCCCUCUGCCUGGUUCCCUGUAACUUGGCCUCUCGCAGUGAGGGAACCGCCAGAAGGCCCUCAAAGCUGGACCUCAUUGUCCGGGCAGAACGAUGGGGGUGGAGACGCUUCUUCAGAUAUACUGGACCGAGGCCGUUUAGGGCUUUAAAGGUCAGCACCAACACUUUGAAUUGUGCUCGGAAACGUACUGGGAGCCAAUGUAGGUCUUUCAAGACCGGUGUUAUAUGGUCUUGGUGGCCGCUCCCAGUCACCAGUCUAGCUGCCGCCGUGGUUCUCAAAAAUAUUUAAAGCAUUAAGAUAUUUCAUCCCUAAUUAAACAAAAAGUUCUGUGUUGUCCUGGCACAGGCCUGAAUCAGUCACAGAGAUUCUCUCUUUUCCCCCCUGUUUUUAAUUAAAAUGGGGGGGGGGGACCAGGAUUCACUUGUCUAGGGUUUCUUCAAGCUCAAUCAACCAUCAAGACUCAUCUUCAAAGGAAGAUGUAGAGACUACCACUGUUUUUAUCUCAACAUCUGUAUGGUAGGAAGAAUGAUCCCUGUCUUCAAGGAGGAUCUUUCCUGCUCCUCCAGUCUUCAUGAUCAUUGUGGCUUCUUGAAUCCAAACAUUUAAACCUUUUAUUUUCUCCUGUGAUCGUCUUUUCAGUGCAAAAGCUGAACUGGUCCAGGAAACACUGACUUUUCAACGUGAAAAAGAGCAGUUCAACAAACAUUUUAAAAAUCAACAGAAGGUAAGUUUCUGCUCCUCCAUGAAAUUCUGGGCCUAACAUUCCUACAUCUUCUUAGGUAGCUUUCACAUGUGACAAUUGUUUGGUACACUGAUGAGUAAAUGGUCAAAACAGGUUGAAGCAAGAGGAAAUCCAGUGAUGACCAUAGUAAACUUUUAGGAUGGCUGGUAUUGCUUAAUGGGGUACAUUUGACAUGGAGAACAUGGUUAGCAACCAUCAACACAUGACCUGCUCUGGAGAGAUGUUUGAGGGUUGAGUCCCGCUAAUUGUGAUUUGUGGGAGCGGGUGGCGUUGUGGUCUAAACCACGGAGUCUCUUGGGCUUGCCGAUUGGAAGGUCGGCAGUUUGAAUCUGUGCAACGGAGUGAGCUCCCAUUGCUCUGUCCCAGCUCCUGCUGACCUAGCAGGUUCGAAAGCACACCAGUGCAAGUAGAUAAAUAGUUACCACUGUAGUGGGAAGGAAAACAGCGUUUCCAGGUACUCUGGCACUCAUCAUGGUGUCCCGUUGCGCCACAAACGGUUUAGUCAUGCUGGCCACGACUCAGAAAGCUGUCUGUGGACAAUCGCCAGCUCCCUCAGCCUGAAAGUGAGAUGAGCGCCACAACCCCAUAGUCACCUUUGACUGGACUUAACCAUCCAGGGAUCCCUUACCUUUUACCUUAAUUGUGAUUUAAUGGUUUGAUGCAGUGACGCUUCUGUUUGGUAGAUCGUUUUGAAAUAUUGUCCGCUUGCUUGGUUUUUGUUGUUGUUACCUACGGGAAAAUAAUAUUUAAAAUGGUUGGAAGAAUUCUAGGCCAAGAAUGGGUUAAUUUUUGGUUUGUGGGAACUUUUUAAACUACAACCCCAAGAUCCACCAAUCGGAGGCCGGUGCAAAAAGAUUUCCAUCGAGAAUUAAAGAAUUCUGAGCCCAUAAAUAUAUCCGAGUAUCAGAACUAAAUGGACCUCACAGCCCCCCUGCACAAAAACCCAUUCACGGUUAUCCCAAACUCCCUUCAUUUCAGGCAUAUAAUUUAGGGUUUAGUGGGGUGUGUGGGAUUUUCUUGCUGCUAUGGUUAAACAUUUGGGAGUAAGGUCUCCUUUCUGAUCUACUGCAAAUCACACAAGAGUUCUAAGAAUCUAUCUUCCCACCACCUGUGAGCAUUUUAAAUUGGAUCUCUGGAGCUAUUCUGAAUGUCUCAUUGAUCUCCGUCACUGAGAUCUGGUUGUGGCCAUUAGAACAUUAGAACAACUUUCCCUCCCCAGCAGGGGCAGCCCUUUUCUUAACAUAGCGCAAGAGUUGAAUCCGAUGGGUGGAGACCCCAUUGGCAAGGCCCAGUGUUAAUCUGUCACAGAGCAGUCCAACCUGUGGGUCAUCUGUGGGCUACAAGCUAGGCAUUCAAGAGAAAGCAUCAAACAUGAAGCAUGAAUAUAUAUUUUUUGUGCCUUUUUUAUGGUAUUGAUAUUUUGUUGAAAAGUUUUCAGUUACAGUGGUACCUCGGGUUACAUACGCUUCAGGUUACAGACUCCGCUAACCCAGAAAUAGUGCCUCAGGUUAAGAACUUUGCUUCAGGAUGAGAACAGAACUCACUCGGCGGUGACGCGGCAGCAGUGGGAGGCCCCAUUAGCUAAAGUGGUACCUCAGGUUAAGAACAGUUUCAGGUUAAGAACGGACCUCCGGAAUGAAUUAAGUAUUUAACCCCAAGGUACCACUGUAUAAAGAAAUACAGUCAAACCUUGGUUGUCAAACGUAAUCCAUUCCGAAAGACAGUUUGGCUUCCGAAACAUUCGACAACCGAGGCACGGCUUCCGAUGGGUUGCAAGAGCUUCUUGCACUCAUACGGAAGCCAUGUUGGACAUUCGGGUUCCGAAAACCGGAGCAUUUACUUCUGGGUUUUCGGCAUUCUGGAGCCGAAACGUUCAAAAACGGAGCCAUUCGAGAACUGAUGUUUGACUGCAAAGUGAUACAAAGAAAAAAGAGGAAGAGAAAAAUAAAAAGGCACAAAAAUGUGUAGAGAGAGAAAAAACCAAUAUAUGAAUAUAUAUUAAAAACCCUACUCUUUUAUAGAUUUGAUAUUAUUAUCCCAAUACGUAUAUAAAUAUUAACAGCCUACUACAUUUUGUAUAAACUCAUUCCAAAUACUGUCAUAUUUAUCCAAGCAAAAUCUGUGUCUGUAAGCAGUCCGUUCAUAAGUUGCGAGUGUUAUCAUAUUGUCGAUCCAUUAAUUAAAGGGGAUCAUAUCUUUAUUCUUCCAUUUCGUCAAUGUGAGUCUCUUGGCUACCACUGACACGCGGAGAAUCCAUCUUUGUUGUCCCCUUGUUAUCUUCCAAUGUCAUGCAUUGUUAAUGAAAGCGCACACAUCUGUUUGUGUAUUAAGUUUGUUUCAAAAUUAAAUCUAUUAAAUCUAUUGUGUAUGUAAUUAUAUGUAUUAAUUGUGCAUCUAAAAUGAUAUUAAAUAGUACUGAAUAUAUUGCAAACACUUUAAAUUAUUCCUUCCAGUAGCACCUUAGAAGAAGUGUGCAUGCACACGAAAGCUCAUACCAAUAACAAACUUACCGUAUUUUUUGCUCUAUAAGACUCACUUUUUCCCUCCUAAAAAGUAAGGGGAAAUGUGUGUGCGUCUUAUGGAGCGAAUGCAGGCUGCGCAGCUAUCGCUGAAGCCAGAACAGCAAGAGGGAUUGCUGCUUUCGCUGCACAGCGAUUCCUCUUGCUGUUCUGGCUUCUGAGAUUCAGAAUAUUUUUUUUCUUGUUUUCCUCCUCCAAAAACUAGGUGCGUCUUGUGGUCUGGUGCGUCUUAUAGAGCGAAAAAUACGGUGGUUGGUCUCUAAGGUGCUACUGGAAGGAAUUUUUUUAUUUUGUUUCGGCUGUGGCAGACCAACACGGCUACCUACUGUAACUUUAAAUUAUGACAUGGGAAUUUAAUUCAGUGUGUGGGUUCUGUGUCAAAGUUCUCUUCAUACUGAAAGUUGGACCACCCUGAUUUAUCAUAUACUUUUUGGUCCUGUUCUGCUACUUCUGCUUUCACUCCUGGCUGUGCAAUGAAAAUAGCUUGUGGAGCUGUGACAGCUCUUCCACUCCUUUCACUGUUAUGUUGGAUCUCGUCCUAUAACUUUAAAUGUGUGACUGAAAAACACUUAAAACCUUGAUGAAAAUGGAUUUUAUUUUAUUUGCAAAAAAAAAAAAAAAAAUAGGAGCUCCAAGAGAUGCUGGAAAAGCACAAAGCUCAGAAUGAAGCGUGGCUCCAAGCCAGAGCAGAAGAGAAUGACAAAGAAAGAAAAGAGCUCUGCAAACUGAGGGUAAAUAUUACAAGUUAGGGCUUCUCCUAAUGCCCUGUCCCUAAGGCUUGCUUUCCAUGCUAUUCGCGGAACAUUUACUUAGAACUGCACACUGCUGUUGCGCGUCGAGGUCCCCAAGACACCCCCCAAAGAAAAACACAAUUGACAAUUUUUGUUUAAGGUUUUUGGCAUAAUUUUGGCCGCAACUUUAUUCAAAUUACAGCAAUGUGAGUGGUUGCUUAGGCAUUGGUAGCACUAACUGACCCCGCACGGGGACAGCUCUGACAUUCACACCCCCCGCGAAGUCAGCAAGGGUAAGUCACCUGGGGAGAGAGACGGGACUGGGAAUCAUGCCUCACCUCUCCCCAGAAUGCUCCCAGGGGCUUGCGUGGCCCUACCCCUUGCCAGGGGGUUCGGACAAAAGCAUGGGGAGCCCCUGGGUUCCUUUAACGGAAAACCCUUGAAGCAGCAGCAGCAACAUUUUGGAGGGGCAGGCACAGCCGAAUCCAUACCCCUCCACCAACCAAUUCCCAGACCAAUGCCUAACCGCAACCUUACAAGUUGUGAUGAUUUGCUACGCAGUAGGCAAAAAACCAAGUGGCACACACUAAUCAGCCAAAUGGACAAAAUUCCUACCGGGCCCCUGCCCCAAAGCAGACAACCCCAUGACAGGCAUAGCAAGGUCAAGCAAACAGCCUAAAAUUAGGGAAGCACACAGCGAAAAGAGGAAGUUCGUCGCUGUGUGCAUUGUAUUUAACAAAUAGGGCUGUCAAUCAAUAAAUGGCAACAUAUAAAUCUCCCCAGUAACAGCCCGCCCCUGCUUAAAGGAUGGCCAAACUCUUUUGCCCAGCAGCAGUGAGGUGUCUUGUCAGCCCCAACCGCAACCCGUGCUCUCCAUGAGGGAGAACACGCUUUGCAAGAACUGUACUUCCAGCAUUGAGGGGGUCGAUCUUUAGUUCUGCCAGCCAUAAAACUUGUUAGUUAAUCUGUUUCAUACCUUAUAUUUAAGGCAGUCUUGUAGCACUUUAACAAGCAUGGCUUCCCUCAAAUAACACUGGGAAACAAAAUUUUUGUUGCAUUGACACUUGCAACUGGAAUUGGGAGUUCCUCAGAGUGCGGGAUAUGUCUAAUUGCUGAAGGAAUACUGGGAUAGGCGACAGAAUGUCGGUUUUUCUUGCUGCUACCCUUCGUAUUGACCAGACAAAAAUAGCAUAACAAAAGGCAUCAGGCUUGUUUACACAUUUUUGUCAACUUGAAGAAGCCAUGGUCCGAUCUGAAAAAUACAAAUAUUUAGGUUACAAAACUAUAAAAAUAAAGAAAAUUAAGUUUGCAAAACAAUAAUUACCAUGUGUUUAGGGUAGAUCAACGUGUCAGUGUCCACUUAUCCCCAGUGUAAAUAUGACAUAUCGGCAAAAAUCGGAAAUUGAAAGAUAACUAUAGCAUGUACACGAAAAUCGAUUUCAGAUUUGAAAUCGGCAUUGAAAGAACAUAUAAGAACAGUUGAAAAAUUUCAUGCAACAGAAAAUGGAAAAAAAAAAUGUUCCCCAGUGUAAUCUUGGGAACUGUAGUUUGUCAAGGGUGAUGGGAGUUGUCAUGAGAAACCUUAUGCGCCCACAGAGCUAAGAUUCCCAGUGUGGUUUAACGGUCAAUCCCUUUUCACAGGGAAUUGCGGGAAUGGUAACUCAGGGAGGAGAAUAGGGUUCACCUAGCAACUCUCAGCAUCCUUUAACGAACUAGGAUUCUUUAGAAGAAGCCACAACUGGUACAGUGGUACCUUGGUUCUCAAACUUAAUCUGUUCUGGAAGUCCAUUCCAAAACCAAAGCGUUCCUAAACCAAGGCGCGCUUUCCCAUAGAAAGUAAUGCAAAACGGAUUAAUCCGUUCCAGACUUUUAAAAACAAGCCCUAAAGCAGCAAUUUAACAUGAAUUUUACUAUCUAACGAGACCAUUGAUCCAUAAAAUGAAAGCAAUAAUCAAUGUAAUGUACUAUAAAAAUAAAUAAGACAGUAUUGUAGAUGAUAAAAAUUAAAAUUAUUAUUUUUUCUUACCUGCACUGUUUGGAUGGAACUAAAACUAUGGAACUCACUCUCAUCAGAGAUGGUGAUGGCCGCCAAACUAGUUGGCUUUAAAAGACGAUGGGACAAAUUCAGGGAGGACAGGACUAUUGAAAGCUACUAGGUAUUAUGGCUCCACAGCUGGGAGAAAUAAUUUCAUUUCAUUUUCAUUUCACUUUUAAUUUACAUACUGCCUUUCUAUAUUGCUAUACACAGGUCGGUUUACAAGCUGAAGAAACAACAAAGAUUGCACACCUCAUAAUCUGAUCCAAUACAAAAAUGUCACAAUAAAAACAUAAUUUUAAAAUAAAGAACUUAAUCCAUUAGAAUAUGAGUAGAUAAUAAAAUUAAAUACCAGCAAAUAAUAAUGAAACAGAAAUUCACUCUUAACAAUUACAUUAAAUAAUUUCUAAACAAUAAUCAAUAAAAAUAACAGCAAGUCGCAAUAACACAAUACAAACUGAGAAGCAAAGACACACAACUUAUAACAUUAUUAUUUUUAAAUAUCCCUGAACUGCUCUUCUUUCUUCCCAGUUGCUUCUGCUGUUCCUAAACACCUGCUCACUAGUUUCCCAUGGGCUUUUGGUUGCCCACUGUGAGAACAGGAUUCUGGACUCGAUGGGCCAUUGGCCUGAUUCAACAGGCUUUUCUUAUGUUCUUAUGCUGUCUGGGUGUUUUCUCAUGGUAGUAAAUUUCCAGUCUUGGCCACACUGCAAUUUGGGGAGAGCAAGAAAAAUUUUACGAUGCAAGUUUCCCCUUAUAUGGAGUUAGCUCACUUGCCGUGUGCCUGGUGAAAGGACCAAAAGUUAUGUUUCACAAAGACUGUAUUCCAAGAUUAAAAGAUCAGCAGCAAGCUCUGCAAAAGUAGAAAUAGUACAGUUUAACGGAUGGGCCUUGUUUCCCUUUGCCUUUACACAAGGAAGUGACCCAAACAGAAAUGCAGAGAUGACUCACAUAUUGCUUGUUCUGACUCACAGCAUUAAAUUGUUUUCGGAGAGUGUAAUUUGCUAUAGCCUGCAGUUCCUUGGUGUGUGAGUGUAUGCACAGACUUUUCUACUGUCAAUGUUUCAGGGAUACCAUGUUGGUGGGGCCAUAAACAUAGUUUGUUCCCGUUCAGACCUAUAUUCAUCACUGAUUAUAAAGAAUUCCUGUGCUGAGGGUUCGGUUUUUAAAACAAAACCGUAGCUCUUGCUCUGUCUACUGUUUAUAUUAUUUAAACAAAACAGUAAACGAAACAAGUGAUUUAUUUAUUUUUUGAUUUGUGCAUGUAAAAUAUCAUACCCUCCAACAUUUCUCCAGUGAAAAUAGGGACGUCCCAUUCCACAAUGAUAAAUUUACUAUUUAUAUCCCGCAUAUCUUAAUGGGUUGCCCCAGCCACUGUGGGCAGCUUCCAACAUAUAUAAAAACAUAAUAAAUCAUUGGACAUUUAAAAAAAAUUCCCUAUACUGGAUUGCCUGCAGACACCAUAUCCUCCCAACAUUUUUCCAAUGAAAAUAGGGACAUCCUAAGGAAAAGUGGAGGGACGCGGGUGGCGCUGUGGGUAAAACCUCAGCGCCUAGGACUUGCCGAUCGCAUGGUCGGCGGUUCGAAUCCCCGCGGCGGGGUGCGCUCCCGUCGUUAGGUCCCAGCGCCUGCCAACCUAGCAGUUCGAAAGCACCCCCGGGUGCAAGUAGAUAAAUAGGGACCGCUUACCAGCGGGAAGGUAAACGGCGUUCCGUGUGCUGCGCUGGCUCGCCAGAUGCAGCUUGUCACGCUGGCCACGUGACCCGGAAGUGUCUCCGGACAGCGCUGGCUCCCGGCCUCUAGAGUGAGAUGAGCGCACGAACGCUAGAGUCUGGCAAGACUGGCCUGUACGGGCAGGGGUACCUUUACCUUUAAGGAAAAGUGGGACAUUCCGGGAUCAAAUCAGAAACUGGGAUGGCUUCUCUAAAUCAGGGAUGUCCCUGGAAAAUAGGGACACUUGGAGGUUCUGAAAUAUGCUUUUCAGAUCAUUUUUGCGGUUCACUUCAAACCAAGCACAUAAUUCUGCUCUUCAGAAAGAUAUGGGCCUGUUACCAAAGCAGCUUUACUUUUUAUGUCAUUUUAAAUCUUUCUUAAAAUCCAUAUGUAUCUUGAAAUGUUUAAGAGAACUCUUUGCUCACUUAUUUGGAAAUAAAUUAUCCUGAAGUCAUUCAGAUCGGGGUGCGCAGCUACCAAUCUAAGCCGGAAUCAUUCCUUUUUCUUUGUUGAGAGCACAUCCAAGUACGGUAUGUUCCAGGCAUCUUGAGAAACGGUAAAAACAACAGAACUGUGCUAUAAUUCUCCCUCCAGGACUGUGGUAACUGUGGCAUAAAUAACCGAAAUUAGAUCAAUUUCAGCACUUUUUUUGCAACACUGAGCCAUAGCCUAACAACAGUCCUCUCCACAGUCCUUUUUUAUCUUUUCCAAGUACAGUUGGAGUUUUUGAGAAAGUACCAUGGGAACCAGUCCCAAAAUGACCGCUGUGGGGACAUGACAUAGAAGAAAAGGGCUACCAAAAGAGCAGAAGAAGAGAUGGGGUCACAAAAUGGUGUGGGCAUGUGCCCAAUCAGUGGGGAAAAGGCUGUCAGAACUGUGGGAUGGAAAGCUAGCUGACUUGGCUCCAGCUGGAGCGUCUCCCUUCUCAGUCUUGCUGUUGCGGAGAUCCAUCAGUCAUCCUCCUCCGACAUGCAUCCAUGACUCAUGCUGCUGUGUAUGCAAGAGCACACAUUACUCAGCAGAGUAAACACACAACAGACCAGGCUCGAGGCGUGGAUACUAUACUAAACUACGCAUUUAUUAUACAUAAAUCAGGACAAAGAAAUACAUGGCCUCUCUCCUUGUUGUUCUUCUCAGAGAGAGAGAAAAACAAAAGCAAUACAGAGCGGAUGUUCCGCUCACGGGACUCCAGCAAUCUGUGCUGGAAUGUAAACAGACAUGUAACAUGUUAUAAUCCCACAUACCUACAGCCAGGGUGGAAUGGAAUUCCCAACAAAGGCACCCACAUCAGCCAGUGCUGCACUUGCUCUCAGAGAGAAUCUCUUCAGACUGAUGCUUUGCAGAGGACAAUUUUUCCACGUGUCUGCCUUUUUGACAUUUCCAUGUAGAGUCCUCAAACGAAACUAUAGCCUCAAGGUUGGAAGAACUUAAGAAGCCAUGCAUUCUAACCUUCGCCUCCCAAGAAGGAUCCUCUCCACCCUUUAACGUUUCUGGGCACAAUUCAAAGUGUUGGUGCUGACCUUUAAAGCCCUAAACGGCCUUGGUCCAGUAGACCUGAAGGAGCGUCUCCACCCCCAUUGUCCAGCCCAGUCACUGAUGUCCAGCACUGAGGGCCUUCUGGUGGUUCCCUCACUGCGAGAAGUGAGGUUACAGGGAACAAGGCACCUUCUUGGUAGUGGCGCCCGCCCUGUGGAACAUCCUCCCACCAGAUGUCAAGGAAAUAAACAACUAUCCGACUUUUAGAAGAAAUCUGAAAGCAGGCGUGUUUAGGGAAGCUUUUAACGUAUGAUGAAUUAUUGUAUUUUAAUAUUUUGCUGGAAGCUGCCCAGUGUGGCUAGGGAAACCCAGCCAGAUGGAUGGGGUAUAAAUAAUAAAUUAUUAUUAUUAUUAUUAUUAUUAUUAUUAUUAUUAUUAUUAUUAACUCGUGUAACCCAGGCUGCGGUACCCCGGCACUGCAAGCAAGGUGCACUUCUGCAAGAUCGUCUGGAUUCAGGGUGCCUCUCUGCACAUCACAUGUCUUUGUGAUGUUGAAUUGAAUUGCGGUUGGUGCCUCUGAUGGCAGACUCACAGCUCUGUCUAUGCAUCUAUUCAGAGGCUCCGUUGAAUUCAGCUGGGCAUAUUCUUGUGGGUAUCGUAUUGCAGCUUAAAACAACUGCUCCAUUGAAAGCCCACUUGAACCUGAGCUGAAAACGUUAGUUUAGGUAAAGCAUAAGCCAGUUGGCCUAUCAAGGUCUCUAUGAGUUUGGGUUUUUUAUAAUAAUUUUUAUUAGUUUUCAGUUACAAAAAUCCAAUAAUAGCCUCAUUAUAACAAUGCCAAAUAAUAAUACAAUUACUAAUACCAAUACUUCAGAUGCCAAAUUAUACAAUUUAUUUGGCCUCCUGCGUGCUAGAAUUGAUAGUUUGAUGAUUUACUUUAUUUCUGCAUUCCAAAAUCUUAUUAAUUUCAACUACACUCCCUUAUACAACAACUGCAAUACUAAUGACUUCUAUUCAUAUUGACACAUUAAAUGAUUUAUAAAUCUACAGGUGAAGCAUUCAAACUAUAUUCUUGUUCUUCCUGUGCGUGGCAAUUAUUCUGUCCGCGAUGUUUCUUCCUGUCGUUGUAAAAUAUUAUGUCAACCGUUUCCUGGUUGUUGCUGUUCUCCAUCAUGCUUGGGCGGAGCUAAUAUCCCAAUGUUGUUUCAGAAGUUCUCCAUUGCUCCAUCCCGUGCCCCAUUGUUUUGCAACCUUAGCAGCAGCUGCAAAAAUCAUACUGUCCGACUCCCAAUAAAUAUCCUGUUUUCACCAUUUUUCUCUCAGCCUGGGAAGGAGAGUGAUAUGUUGAGCUUCAAAUACAGUUGUACCUUGGUACUCAGACGUUUUGGCUACCGAACUCCGCAACACCAGAAAUGAGUGUUCCGGUUUGCGAACAUUCUUCGGAACGUCCGACAAGGCUUCCAUAGCUUCUGAUUGGCUGCAGGAGCUUCCUGCAGCCAACCAGUAGCUGCGCUUUGGUUUCCGAACAUUUUGGAAGUCGAACGGACUUCCAACCGAUUCCGUUCAACUUCCAAGGUACAACUAGCAACUCAGUAAUGAAUAAACUCUCUAUGAGUUGGACCAUUGAGAAACCAACAGAGCCUCAUUUGGUCCACUCUGGAGUUGGAUUUUGCCGUCAAGUGUUUUAAUUCUUUUUGGAUUCUUUCAACUCCACUUAAUCCUCCAAAGCAUGAAUUGGGAAUCUGUGAUUCCCCAGAUGUCAUGGGACUACAAGUCCUAGCAUCCCUGAACAUUGGCCCACUCCCCCCUCUGGCGUGUACUGCAAUGUACCAAUGCAACUUGAAGCACAAGAGGACGGUGGGAUGACCUCGCUGUGUUCUAAGCAGCUAAUGUCUUCAUGGCCUGAGACAGAGGGUUGUAUCCAACUGCGCUGUUCUGCUUGUACAGCAGGCUUCCUGUUGCCCAACAUAACUUCUCCCUUCUCUUCCCUGAUGCCAGCCAUGCACCUCUCAAAAUCUGCACCAAGAGACCUUGUAGAGCAGAUUUGGAUGAUGGGGAGGGGAGAGUAACAGGAAGUCUUGCUGCAUAAGCAAGUGUUACACAGUGUUAACUACAACCCAGAGACUUAUCUUUUAAACAACAACCUGUUAUAUGUUUUUUGCAAGAAACAUGGAUAGGUUGUAAAACACAUGCUCAAAUUACAGCAUUGCAGGGCAGGUCUAAAGGAAGAUGUUCAUUCCUGUGGCUCAAAAAAAUAAUCUAAAACCCGGUUUUCUUGUUUUGUCGCAGGAAGAGAUUCUCAAUGACCAGGAAAGAUUGAGAGACGAACAGCAAAGCAUUUAUCAGCGCAAUCAGCAGCUCCUUUCUAUAAUGCAGCAGUUCAAAGGAAUGUGA